AGAUGUGAACAGGUAAAGUUUAUUUUUAUAACACCUUUCAAAAACACAUUAGAAGGUUCAAGGGCAACAACAUUACAAAGUUUACAUUUAUGAUGUUUUCACUAAUAACAUUUUCAACAAAUUAAAGCAGACAGGCAGGUAAGACAAAACAAAUUGGUUUUUAAACUGUUUUUCAAAAAGGUCUAAAAUGUUCACAGUUCACAUGUUUCAGUAAAGACAGACCUCAAAGUUUGGAGCCACAACUCCAACAUACAGUCUCCAUUAAUUUUGAGUUUGGUCAGAAAAAUACAACGCACGAUCAGAGGACCUCAGAGUUUUAAAAGACUGAGCACCUUUAUUCACCCUGUUACUGUCAUUUUUAAUGUUAAUAUUACACAGCUAACAUGUCAGGGGACCACUGGCUAAAGUUUGGGACAUGUUCAAGACCACGUGGAGUUUAGUUCAUGUUUUCAUUGCCCCAAACUGCCUUUUGAAGGUUCUGUGCUAUGUUUAUAUGCUGGUCCGUCUGAGCUCUCUCCACCAGCUGUCAGUUUAAAAAAAGCCCUUCUGAAUCCCUGGAGUAUCAUGUUGUUCAUAACAUGCAUGUUGAAAGAAUCACUCAUAAACACUUAAACUGAAUUCCUUAUACUGCAUUUUCCACUUUAACCACAAGGGGUCAUAAUUACUUUUAAAAGAGUCUUUUGCAGGUAUAGGCUGGUUUCCUGAAGCACAGUGACCUAUAGUCUGGGGUGAAGAUGUUUGAUGUCUAACUCUGUGAGAGGUAUGGAGUCAAGAUUUUAGGUUGACAAGUAUUAAUAAAACAAGAAAAAUAUAAUUUAAUGUUAUUAUAAAGGGAAUCAGUUACCAAAAUAAACAAUUACAGUAGCCUACAUGUUGCGUUGUGUUGUGUUAGCAAGCUAUUCCUCUACUUAAAAGUACAAAUAGCAUAUUUUGUGUAAGGUGAAUCAAACUUUUAAUGAGAUACAGGACAUUACUAAAACAAAUGUUACAGGUAGGACUAGAUUUAGACCCAUACACUAUAUGUAUGUAUGGGUAUAUGUUUAUAUUAGUUUAAUAGGGAUAUGUUUAUGUAGGCCUAUGUUUCUGCAUGUAGAAACGUAGUCUCACUACUUUAUUCAAUUUACAGCAUAAAUAUGUGUUAUUAUGCAACUACACGGAUAAAUGACUGAGGGUGAUUGAUGAGUGCCAGUAAAUUGUCCCUACUAACAAUGCUAUCUAUCUAUCUGUCUGUCUGUCUGUCUGUCUGUCUGUCUGUCUGUCUGUCUAUCUAUCUAUCUAUCUAUGUAAGAUAAGGACACUUUUUUACAGGGGCUGCCAACUUAUACACAAAUAUAUGAUCUAGUACAUAAACUCAUGUGUAUGUCAAAUAUUUUUGUGAUUAGAAUGAAUUACUCUGAGCUGCGAUGGUGGAAUGACAUUGUUGAAUUGGUGAAAUCUUGUUCCUACAUUACAGUUUUUCUCAAUCGCUUUGGUACAUUCCUCACAUCACUCUUAACAUUUGCACAACGGUUAGUGCAUUUCUCAGAACAAUUAGUAGUACCAACUGCAAAACCUAGUGGAUAACCUGCAAAAGUGCGUCACUUGCUCAAAAUGAAUAGUUGAUUCCUGAAAAGCAAGUAUUCAUGUCAAUGAAACUGUCUGUGUCAUCAAAAUAAUUAGUCCCAACAUCAUUGUUUAUGAACACGACAGUCAAAUGGCUUUGUCAUGUUUUCAUUGACAGUUCAUUCUCUCUGUGUUUUCCAAUGCAAAAAAGUCUGACCUUGGUGACUUUUCCUGAAAAUGCUCAAGACAGCACUAUACACUACCUGUACAGCCAUUUGAAAACUACAGUAAAGUUACAUUACUGUAUUUAGUGGGGUAACUGAAUACAAGACACAUGUAUGUUUCACAUAUUUACUGUAUAUGCGCUUUGCAAUUCUACAGUAUUGUGCAAAAAAAAUAAAGUCACUGUCACUUAUUUAGGACAAACAUAAGAAAUACCAUUUUGGUAGAACUGUGCACAAAUGUAAACAAUAUAACAGUACAUAUUACUGUAAACUGAAAAGAAAUUAUUCCUGGACAUUCACAGUGGUUCUCCCUAUAUUUGGUAACACCCGUCAACCAGCCUCAGCCAUAAUGAGGCCAUCAUUGACAACAUGGUCCCCAAGUGAAGCCCUAAUUUCAUCAGGGAUUUGCCUACUUCACCUCGUCUUCCUUUGCCCCUGUUUUGUCCCUUUCCCUUUCCUCCCCGCAUUCUCACCCCUCCUCCAUGACGCUGACCUUCCAUUUUUGUGUCACAGACUAGUAGAAAUGGAACUCACUAUGUGCUGCUUGGUUUAUAUAUGCUUGCCAAGUGAGGGUUCAUGGGAUUCAGCUCUGAGUGACUGUGGACAAGUGGCUUGUCAUUGGUUACAACUAAUGCUUCACACACCUCCUCAUGAGAGAAAGCUGAGGUUCACUUGAGAGCAAUUGUUCAAUUUAGGAAACAUAUUCAGGAAAAAAAUUGAUUGAGAAAUUUAUUAAAUUGUCUUAAUAGAUUUUGAGAACUUGUUCAACAAUUUUGUAUGUAAUGACUCAAGCAAUGAAAUGAGGACUACUAGUUAUAUAGAGAAUGACUAUUCAGCAUUCAGAAGUAUAGUUCAUUUUGACUGACAUGACAGAAGCAAAUGAUAAUGUUAUAAAACAGCAGAGAACUGUAUGAAAGUAACUCAUACAUGUCCAAGAGCAUUUGACACUGCUAUGAUGAUGUGCACAAAUGACUCAAUGUUGUGGAGGUUGAACUAAUAGGUGUGAGAACUACCAUUCUGAUCUGAGAAAUGCACCUAAGAGACUGAAAAAACUAUCAUUUGGGGCCAAUCGGUGAGCCAACAUAAGCAAAAUAAUCACGUUGAAUUGUCCUCAACGGUUAUUCGCAAAGACAGGCAAUAACAAAGGUGGGUGUAACAGCUCAAACUCAAUUAUAUCCUGAGGCACGCCGUAUUUGAUAUCAAACCACGUUUCCCACAAUGCCUCACUCUCCGUUGCACGUGUCAACGCGGCCAGCAAACCGGAGUGAACGUCACAUUCCUGCAUUCCCUUUUUCCUCUGCCUGGGACGUCGGAGUUAGCUGCUUGUAGACACCUAAUCCUCUUCCCACUUUUCUUGUGGAGAAACACACCCAUGACACGGCGGGUUUGAUCGCGGGAAGUGAACCCAGGUUCCCCCAGGAGUCCGAAGCUCACUUUGGGUAAGGAUUUAUCCCACUUUAAGCCGGUGAAGGUGUCUGUCGUUGGAAAUGCGCUAGCUAUGGUUACCAUAACAAUUUCAGUGAGGAGACGUUGUCGCUCAGUCUGACCUGAUUUUUUGCUUUGUCCUCAGUCGGCAGACCUGUUGAUGCUAGCAAAGCGGCUGCAGAGUGGGUUUUAGCCGUGAAGACUGGCCUGUUGUUUACGGUUAUAUUAGGGAGCUAGCUAACAGUAGCUCCAGCUGGUUAGCCGCAAAGCUUGCGUCACCAUUGUUACCGGUGGUAGUACGCGGGCGAGCACGCGAGGGUGUGGAAGUUCCUCCAGAUGUGGCUUUUUGUGUUUCUGUCAAAGGUGCUUUGUAUUGUGUUCAUGUGGAUGCCAUACGUACCUGUCGCGAUACACUCCCUGGCUAACGGAGACAUACCGUACAGUGCUCGCAUCCCAGACAGCAUGGGCGUGGUUACAGGAGUGCAACAGAAAGAAAAACUACGACCAACGCUGUGAUUGAAUGACUGUGGUUAGCAAACAGGGUCAUCUUGACGAUUUAGCUUGGUUUCUGUUGAACAAGAACCGAGCAGGAGUGACCGGAGUAGAGUUUCAGAUUGUUGUAGUAUGUCAGCAUGCCCAUGGAAAGGAGCUGAGCUCGCUGCAGCUCAGCAGUCAGUCAGCUGUUGACCUCAACAACAAAGGAAGGAUCACAGCUGCUUCUUGUCACUGGCAGGGCCGAGGGAAGCAAAAUCAACUCCAAACUUGUGUCAAACAUAGCGCGAUCGUUUUGUAUGAAGUAGAAGCUGAUUACUUAAGUUUGUUUGGUGUUUCAUUUGCUUCAUGUGUAUUUUACAAGUUCCUGAUAUGGCAGCCUCCACCCACUUUUAGCACUCACUCAUUCGUCACUCUCUACUAGGGCUGGGCGAUAAAACGAUAACGAUAUAUCUUGGAAAAUUACUGAAUUACCGUAUAUUCUACCGAUUACUCGAGUAAUUGGACCCAAACGUCAGACUCACAUAAAGUUAGAUUUCCUAUAGCCCCACAAUGAAGGCCAGAAAUAGAGAAAUAGACUAUAAUCACAGAACAAGUGUGUGCAUUAGUGGAUUGCAAUGCUUGUAAGGAAGCUAAUUAUGAUAUUAACUUUAAUCAUGCCCCUUAAGACAUCAGUGUCCGAGAGCUGAAUAGCCUCUAUGUUACCUGCUUCUGUUACGACACCAGCAAUGUUCGGCUACAAGCUAGCAUUAAGAGAAGUGUGCAGAGUUGCUAGGUUGGCAACACUGCAAGAAAAGCCCCUCUCGUCAUUUAUUUUUUUCUGCUCCGCAAAACCUAAACAGUGCUUACUCCUCCUUCUACCGCGGUGAUGUAACAGUGACGCUUUGAGCUUAUAAACCAGUACGCGAGGCAGAGAAAAUUCCUCGAUCAUUAUUUGCAAUCGAGGUAGUCGAGGAAUUGUUUCAACCCUAGUCAAUAUCCUUUUCAAUUGUCGGACUUCUGCUGUGUUUUGGUAGACUGUAGACUACUAAGUAGCAAACAACUGCGUAGUAGCAGCCUGCAGCUACAUGCAAUUAUAGCACUUUAACAGGUGAAGCCGACAGCACUGUCGGUGAGAAUAAAAGAAAAGAGUGCUACUACCCCCAGCAGAAAUGUAGAUGAACGCUCAACAGAUGACAACAUCGUCGACAACACUGGCACAAAGACCUCACAGAUGCAGCAGCUUAUUGUAUUACAAAAGACAUGCUACUAAUAAGCACUGUUAAUAAGUAUAAGAAGUAUAAGAGUAUAAGAUUGACAAGUGAUUUUUUUUAAUAUCAUGGUAUAUAUCAAUAUCGACUGAUAUGAAAAUAAAAUAUCGUGAUAAACUUUUCCCCACAUUGCCCAGCCCUACUCUGUAGUCUAAAAAUUUCCAAAAAUAAGAGGCAUGACCAGUGGGAGACAAUUCAGACUAGUGUGUUUUUGUCUUUUUAUUUAAGUCAAGUUCACUCAUUACAUUCCUUGGAUUCCUGCUGUUCACAGACUGAUUGGAUCACGGUGACUUUACAGAGGUAAAGGAAUGUUUGCGUGCCACCACAAGUCACACAACAGAGACCCUCCUGAAAGCAAUGAGACCGGAUUUGCCACACAGUAAAUAGAUCAAAACCAAAUAAGCUGGAUUUUCUCUCACAGACAGACAGCUUCCUCAGUUAAAGUUGCGUAAGUGAGUUGAUAAUCUAAUGUACCCUACUGAGAGGAAAAUCUCUCCCUUUGAAUGAAGGACUUCUGUUUACUCAAAGUAAUCUUUUCCUAUGUUGCCCACAUUGCUAUGCGGCCUCAUCAUGAGGCGUAUGCUGGUUUAUCGGUCUGCUUAGUUGCAAGUCAGGUUCAGCCAGUGUUUCAUCCUGUACCUGAUGUGCAUAGUAUUAUUUAACUUGGUGUGUUUGCAACCUGAACUCUGCCUAGAAUGGUGAAGUUAUGUAAUAACUCAAUUGCCCAUUGUGAUUGUGGAAUUGUCAGACAUGUUCGAUAUUCACAAAUCUAUUAUUUAGUAAUUGAAUGUCAUUAGCCCUUUUGUAACUUUACAUGGGCUAAGAUGUUAACACCCGAGGAAGAUGUUUAUUACUACAUGCAAUGACAUGAGUGCUGAUUCCAAAACAUGUGCCUGUAUUAACGGAAAAUUAUAGGAUACAUAGAAGUGUGUAAGGAUUUGAGAAUGUAAGGAAUGCAAACACAUCCUCCUGUUGACAGUUUUAUAGCCAACUGUUAUCAAAACAAGAUCCGAGAAAAUAUCUGUUUUUGCAAGACUGUACCUUUAAAUUAACUGAAGGUAGUUAGGGCAUAGGAACAAAUUUGUGCUUUACUGGAAAUGCGGUCUCCAACUAACUUUUGAUCAACUUAAAAACAGGCAAAGAAGUUGAGUUGAGGUGGCGGGCAGCUACAAAAUGCCCUCUCUUCAGUCAGCUUAUUUGCUCCUAAGUAUGCAAAUGUAUACACAAUAAUGAGCCUAAAUGUAGUCAGAACCAAUGAGUCAUAAAGAGUGUCACACCCUGUUCUGUUUUCUGUGGAUAAAGAAAGAUGACAGUGAGACCAAAACUGUUCUUUAAUUGUAUCUGCGUUCAAACAUAUAUAAAUCUCCUGGAAUUAGUGAGAUUUCUUGGGGUUUAGGAGCUAGCUUCAGGUAGACACAUAAGGACUGCAAUUUUUUUGGCUAAUUUUUCAACACCAGAGGUUACUGCUUGGUCUUAUUCAGAUCCUGAGCUGAAAUAUUUUGCUUGUUGUUUUGAUUUUUUUUCCUCACAGACUUCUAAAUUUAUUGAACUAAACCACAGGUGUUUCAUGUAGUCCUUUGAUACCCGGUACAGGCUGUGCUGUAUUAAAGAGCUGGUUCAUCACAUCAUUGUUGAAGCGUUAACUAAAAAAAAAACAAAUCCUCUCCUGUCAAAUGAAAUAUCGGAUCUGUCAUUUAAUCUCUGAGGUGAUAAGUAGUGAUUGAGCAAUAAGUCCUCCACUUGUCACGAAGCUUUGAGAGAUAUCAAAGCAGCUCAAAUCCAAUUUCAUCUGAAAGUUAAAGUUCAGGCAACUGAAUGUGAAAAACUAAAAUGUAUAUUAGUGUUGCUUUUAACUGACUCCAAAUCCAGGCCCUGUUUUGGAGGUCUGCAGACACAGUGCGGUGUCAUCAGACCAGCGAUCUGCAGACAAUCUGCAGACUGCACCCCUGGCGUAUUUGAGAUCUGCAUUGAUGUGAUGAUUGAGUCUGUGAGGUCUGCCCUCAGAGGUCAAACCAAGAAAGAAAAGAAGUCAAAGAAUGAUCACAGAGAAGCAGGAAAUUAUGUCAGUAUCAUGGUUUAUUGAAGAAGCAGCGUAAUUCCUUAUGCUUUUACAAAUGCAGAGGGGUAGAUGGGGGGUGGACCCGGCUAAACACAUGCAGUGUUUUGUAGGAUGUGAAAGAGUAAGAAAAAAAAUCAUGUUAUAGAGAGAGUGGGAGUAGCCUGCAGAAAUCUGGAGCACCCUGACUCAGCCUGCAUAGCAGAAACCUAGCCUCAUUUCAGUGGGAACUGCUGCUCAUUACAGUGCCUGAAGUGUAUGGAUGAGUGGGUGGGGAAUUGAAGAGAGGUAACAGACUAAAGGAAACAUACAGGAGCGCUAUAAGAAGAGAGAUACAAGGAGGAAGGUUGAGACUGAAGACGUAAAAGCAGUUCUUUUUCAAAUUUCCAAGUCUGUGUUGUAUGAAAACAAGCAACUAUGGGACUGUUGUGGAAGUUUUGGUCUUUCUAUGGCCUGCCUUUUGUUCUCCCAAAUCACAUGUUUUGUCAUCAUCUCAUGUGUUCAACCCUAACCGGCCAAUAAUAGCCACAACAGCUCCGCCACACACUGGCCUUUGUUGCCUCUCCUUUCACUUUUGUGUUGCUUUGAGGCCUCCGAUGUUCUACAUACACCUCACCCAUGUUGUGAAGCCCGUGAGCUCUUCACACACUCUUGUUUGUGAAAGAGAAUUUCUGUAUUUGUGUAAGUGAGUGUGGAUUUGGACAGAAAGGCAUUGUCUAGCUAUUGUCCCAAACAGUUUCACAGUAUUGCACAUGCCCAGUCUGUUCCCAUUAGGUCACUACAGGGGCAUAGGGGCACAAUGAGGCUAUUGUUUUAAGUGUACACUGACAUACACAUGCACAUGCACAUUAUGAUGGACCCCCCCCCCCCCCCCCCCAAACUGAGGCAUGAGUAGGCUCUCCUCUACUGCUCUGAACUACUAGAUUCAGCCGACUCCGUAUGAGUAAACAUAUUCAGGGUUUUUCCUGGCUCAAAUUGAGGCGGAGGUGGCACCAUCCUGACCGUGCGCCACGACGUGCAUGUAUUUGUAAAUUCAACCGAUUCACUUUCUUUUACAGGCAACAUACGUUAAGUUAAGAGUUCAAAAAAAGAGUGUGACCAUUAUUAUGUUAAAGCAUUCAUUUAUUAAAACUAUAUACAUACACAAAUCAGCUGGCAACUUUAAAUUGAAAGUACACUUCAUCCACACAUCUCACAACCAGACAGAACAUUUCAGCCUCCUCUUUUUCAUUCUGUAGAACCUCCUCAUGCACUCCUUGUAGUCCAAGGCCUCCUGGUCUGGUCCAUCAACGGCCACCUUACAACAGACAUCCAAGUGCCUCUCCUUCAGUCUGUUCCGCAGAGGUGUCUUCACCUUAAACAAAACAGUUCAUCAUGCAUUAAGUAUUUUUGUUUUUAUUCUGAUACAGACAUGAAGAGUGAUAGUGUUUUCAAUCAUAUAUAUGUAUACGCUGCAGUGUCCUCUCUAAAAAAAAAAAAAACGACAACCAAUUAUUUCUUAAACUAUCUAAAUUAUGUUAUUUAUUUUUUGUAACUUUAUUAGUUGAGUUUUUUUAGGUACUACCAUCUUUAAUAUAUUUCUCCUUCUCUUCUGCUGCUUUGUGAAUGGCUGUCACCUCAUGUCUUUUUAAUGUGUCCAGCCCUUAGUUGGUUGAUGGCUGUCUCACUAAGGAGGCAGCAAUUGCCUGCUGUGUUGGGGCACAGUGCUUUUGGCAUAAAUAGCAGUGCAUGCCUUCCUCAGUAUGCCUGAGCCAGGUAAAUUGAUUGAGCCACUGCUUGUCAAAGCCACUGGCUCUGUGUUUUUGAGAAGAUCUGGAAAGAGGAAUAAAAACCACGUACACGUUGGCUUUGCGUUGUUAUGCUCCUAAUUGAAAACUAAUUAAUUAAUUACCCUCGCCUCGCCGACUCGUCCUGUCCUGCAUUCUGACCCUCGCGAUCACCAGUCCCUUGUGAAGUACUUUCAGACCUGACACAAAUUUCCACGUUGUCACCAACAUGAAUUAUAGCAUUUUAACUGCCUGUUACGUUUUUUCUCUGCUGUGUUUCACCUGGACUCUUGACUUUCCUCCUCGCGAGGUCGCUUUUUAAAGUACUGGCUGAUUUUGCCUGUCAUAUCUGCAACGCUAAAAACGGAGUAAACUUUUUUUUUAAAUAAACACGACAUGCUUGGAUGCAAAAAAGAGAAGCAGUAUUUACCUGUUUGUACCAUCCGCCAGGGAAAAUCAGGACGCCGAUAGCACCAACUAGCGGGAAAAACACUUGAAAAAACAUGAUUCGAUCCGUUUCUUCUUCGGUAGAUGCUUCAAGUCUUUCCGGUGCACUGCUGUUGAUAUAGCGCCUUUAUAGUGGCGAAACGCUGCAACUGCAGUUAAAAUACGUUGCUGCUGCAUCGGGACAUCAAUCGCUCAAUCAACACAGCUGGAGCUUUACGCUGUGUUGAGCGAAAUCAAUCGCUCUGACUGGGGGCGGCACAAAAUUAGGUGGAGGCGGCCGCCACGCAAUUUUGAACGCAGGAAAAACCCUGCAUAUUUACUCACAAACAGCUUGUUAUAUGAAUGGGAAGAAGAUACUACAGCCGGUUUCUUGGAAGUCUGUUUAUGAAUAAAACUAUAAAACCAUAUAGACACACACUCCUUUAUUUGUGUGCAGUGAUCUGCUUGUGGCAGUUACAACUUUCAAGGCAUUAAAAGUUUAUAACAACUGUGACGUCUUGCCCCAGUGUUUACAUGUACAGUAACUCAUGAACUGUGUGUGAUUUUACCCGGUGAAGAAGAGAGGCUUUCAUAUCCUGUCAAUAACCACCCGAGUUCAGCAGUUCAGUUUCGGUUGGGAUGUCUUCGGGCUUUGUGUAGUACCAGGUUCAAUAAGAGUUCACUUCUGAGGAAAACCAGCUUGAGUAAGAGAAAUUUAGCAGGUUCCCCUGUUAGAAAGUGUCGAUGCAAAUCCAGCCCAAGAUAUUUGAAUAUGCACAAUCAUGUACCUGCUCAUCAGACCAAUAAAAACAUGGUUACAAAUGUUCCUUUCUACUUAUUGAACCUUACAGAGGGCUGCUGAGACAAAAAGAGAGGUUGAAGCAACAAAGACGAUAAGGCUCCAAAACUGAAUGCCUGCUUUGCUUUGUAAGGAUUCCUAAUUGAUUUGGGCAGGUUACAAAGGUUUCACUGAUUCAAGCUAAAUGGUGCAAGCCCAAGUAAACAGAGCCACUUUAUCUUCAAAUCCUCACCAGUGUUGUGCAGAGCUUGUGCAUUUUACUAGGGCUGGGGCGAUUCGUCGACGUAAUCGACUACAAAAAUUUGUUGACGCAAAAAAACAAACGUGGCAUGAUGACGUAGACAAUGGCUACUUCAGGUAACAGUGGAAGCAUGGACGGCAAACAAGCUCCACCUAAAGGGGUCGAUUUCACACCUACUUUAACGUGAUCCAUGAGCAGCUCCUCUUAACCAAUGAAUGUGUUCUUCGUGGCUUCCUCGUUCACAUUUCCAAGAUCGCGCUCCUUUCAUUCAAGGAGACAUGCAGGGACCUGUCAAUCAGAUCUCCGCCACCGUGAACGCUGCAUCAUACGCCCUGCAUCCCGUAUGUAAUUCAUUCACUUUGAGAAGCUGUCAGCUCAGAGUUGAAGGUUUCCAGACAACUUUGGAUUGUCCUGUGUUUCUGCUGAGCCUCACAGACACUGGAUUGAUACUUUGACUUUUCAGUUUGGGAUGAUUCAGGUCGGUUUAAGCUAUAAACUGUAUUCAAGCGGUGUUUGUUGUAAAAUGAACAUUUCAGUGAAAGGGAAACCAGCGUGAGAUAUAAUAUUUACGUUGAUAGUCUUUCACAGUCUUGGAGUGAUGCGUUUAGGGCAGCCUCAGAUAAAAGAGUGCUGUAUUUCACACAGAGCUGUUCAGAGAGCCUCAUACAGGAGAGCAUGUAAAACAUAUGAGGACUUUAACACUAGUAUUAGUGGACAUAUCGUAGCUAUCAUUUUUUUUAUUACCAUUCAUUAUUGUUAAAACAAAAAAGUCUGCAGCUUCACUUUGACUUAUUUGGAUGAGCAAACUAAUUACAAAUACUCUCAUAAUGAGCUCAUAUCCACCAUACAAGGUAACCCCCAAACUGCUGGGCUUGCGCCGCAAAAAUCUUCCGGAUUGUUUUUAACCUAAAUGUUUUGUUUGAUUUCAAGAGAUUCUUGACUAAAUUAUUGAAUUCAAUACUAAUAGGACAAGUUUUUACUUGCUAUUCUGGUUAAAUUCAUUGUUAUAUUAAUCGGUUAAUAAAAAAUAAUCAUUAGAAUAAUCGAUAGAUUAGUUGACUAAUCGAAAAAAUAAUCGAUAGAUUAAUCAAUAGGAAAAUAAUCGUUAGGUGCAGCCCUACAUUUUACUGCAUCUCAAAAUGUUUUGAUGUUGAAACCUAGUGUUUUUUUACUCAGCUGUCUGUUACAUAUCUAUCCUAUUCUUCUAGUACACACAAUGACUUUUAAAACCAUGUGCGAGUUUGUUAAGCCCACCAGUCAGUUGUAGACCAGAUUAGCUGUAUUAGCAGCUCACUCUGCAUGGGGUGAGAACAUCGACUUGACCUCCAGCUGGGGGGACUGGGUCUCAUGUUGUGCUCUGUUUGGGUUGUCUGGAUUACGGCUCUUGACUUUUUGGUUGUUGUGUAACCACAUCAUAGUUUGUUGGUGACGGCUCCGACUGAGCUUGGUUUUACUCGGUUUAUGAUUAGUCAUUAUGAAGACAUUAUUUCAAAGCAAGUUCACCAGUAUGUCAGUCAUACUGCAGGUGAAAUCAAUAGAUAUGUUGGGCUAUUGCUUAUUUUGCAAGUUAUUAAUUUUCUCCACUCCUAUCAUGAAGCACAGACAGUAUAGAUUAGUGUUUGCCUCUGCCUCUCACACAAAGAAACAGUGUGCCGUCUCAGUGCCAUGCUGUGUCUGUCUGGCCAGUUUAAUGCGUGCUGCCAGGUUGCUGCUGGCCUUGGGCAUCAUCAUCGUCAUCAUCAUCAACUGGCGUACGCGGUAGAACAGGCUGCUUUGCAUUUUACACACCGUCAUGACACAGGUUGUCACAUGUACCUCAGCACUUAGUUUGGUGCUCUUUUCAGUCAGUGGUGCUUUUUUUCCUCUGUAGCAGUGUGCCUGUAUUGGUCAGAUACAUACAUUUUAGAGCAUACACAUGAAUAUUUCAACACAGACGCUUAAUGCUACUUAAAGAAUGAUGACUGAUGUGGCCUGAUUUAUACAUUUAUGGAUACAUUUUUCAUUUGCAGCAGAGCAGUGAAGCUAAAACCGUGCAGGCAGCUCUUUGUUAGAACAGCUGGAACAGAAAAGGGUGGAGACAGGAAGGAGCAGGGGAGGAGUCAGGAAAGUGGGAUGUGAGGGGAUGAAUGAUGUAGUUUGUGAAGGAGAAAAAGAUAGAGUGGGAUGGCCAGACAAAGGCCAAUGCUCCCACCCACUGGCAACCCAAAAUAAAAAUGUCAACAGUGAGAUGACCAUCACAAGUUAACACACUGCUUCAUCAUAAGACAUGACAAGUGUUUUACAGUCUACCUCUUUUCACACUAUGUUUAAAGGCAUGUGAUAUACGGCAGCUUUGAGAAGAACAGAUUUAUUUUAAACAGUAUGUGGUAUUCUUCAGUAAUGAAAAUAAAGUGAAUGUAGCUCAGUGGUUCUCAAGUCCAGUCCUCAAGCCCCCCACUGUCCUGCAUGUUUUGGAUGUUUCCCUGCUCCAACACACCUGAUUCAAAUGAUCAGCUCGUUAAUAAGCCAUUACAGAGCUUGAUAACGAGCUGAUCAUUUGAAUCAGGUGGCUUGAGGACUGCAUUUGAGAACCACUGUUGUAGGUGGAAGACAAAAAAGAAGAGAGUAGUUUACCUUUUAUUCAUAAGAUUUUGUAUUGAUGGAUUAGUAUAAGCUUGACAAAUGGACUUGGCAUGCAUCAUAGGAGCUUCUUUUCCCCGAGGGCCACUGUUGCUUCUGGAUUUUCACCGAUGGGAGGGGUGACUGGGGAGUGUUUUUAAUUUAUUGCUGGAUUUCCCAAAGGUGUUAGAUGGGUUGUCUGUAUUAUGGCUGUAUAAUUGACCUCAGUUUGUUGUUAUCCCAUUAGGAGUAUGAGUAUCAGUAUCUAACAGGCAACUACUCCUAUGAGCCUUCUCAACAAACAUGGUAUCAUGAAUAAAGCAGUUGUAUCAAACAUGUUAUCAUGACAUAAACAUUUGCAACAAACAUGUUAUUCUGAUUCAGGCAGCUGCAAAAACAUGGAAACAGACUUUCCUUAUUUCUUCUUAUAUCGUACAAACCUUUAUAUGACUGACCCCAAAUACCUGUUUAAGGAAAGAUGAAAGUGAAAAAUGUUUUUUUAUGAGUGCUUCUGCUUUAUCUCCUCAUUGCAUCAGUAUCUCAUAACACACUGCUUUCUCUAACAGCAAGAUGAGACUUGUGUUUGGUUGGUUCCACGCUAUUUGUGUCCCUGACCUUGCAGAGUCAGUUUCACUGUUUGUCAAAGAUUGGAGGGACCACCGGCUUGUUUUUCUUAUUUUUGUUUUUAUUAUGUCAAGCAUGUGUUAACCAGUCUGCAACGUUUUCUCUGUCUGGGUCAGAUUAAAUCUUUUCUUUGAUCUAUCGGUUCCCCCUGUGCGGCUAAUGUUUUGUUGUUUGGAAGAGCCCUGCAGGUUCGGCCGAAUCGCAUGAAUGAACCUUGUAGUUUGUUUAAUCUGCACAUGCAUCUGAAUGGUCCUUUUAGGCACGACAAUAACAAACAAACAUGGUCACAAAAAAAAAUAACAGAGGUCCAGAUAAAAGCUCUUUUCAGGGAUGGAUCAAUAUCUAUUGGUAGCAGUUCCCCCUCAGGCAGUAACUCUAUACAUGUCAAGGACGGAGGAGGACAUCUGGCUGAGCUGCAGACACCACCAUUAGGCAUCAGAGGGCUGCAAACUUCCAGACUACUACUUCUCCAUUCAUUUGCACACUGCUAUUUUUCAGGGGGUUCUGCAGCUGUCACAUCAAUAAGCAUGAAUGAAAGUAAAACUGCCACAAAGCUCUUAUAGCUUUACAUGUGGAAGUUGGAGUGGAUGAAUAUACACAACAGAUUUCAAAAUGUCGAAACCACCGACUGCAACUCCUGUUUUGACCCUGCAUGUGAAUCUAAACUUCCCUAACACUACAGAAAAUCAAUAUUAAUGCCACAACAAGCCUUGCUAGAGAAGACUUAGUGCAGGGCUGUUGAAUGAAAUUACACAACAUUUCCCAGGAGCACUUUCUUAACUAUAAAAAGCAUACUGUACAGUCAGAUAAAUUCAGACUCUGACUGUGCACAUCGCAACAGUGCACAGAAAACUCAAAAUAGAAGGUUAAAUAAACUGUCAACUUAUUAAGCAUUUAUGCCUGGGUGUAUCUUUCUGCCACUUCUGUAAGGAUCACUCUCACAAAUAGGCCUCAGAAUCUGUCGAGAUGGAUUUUCUUGUGGUCCAAUUUUGAGGCCACAUUUGGUGGCAAAUAGACAAGUAGACAAAUAGUUCAAAUUUUGAGUUGGGUUUUGCCCUAAAAAGUUCAAACUUUUGAUAACAAACACAAGAAGUCAUGAAUCCGUACAGAAAAGUUUAACGUGUUCAGAUUAAGUUAGUGCGAAUAAUAGUGCCUGCAUACAUGUGCAUCUUGGUUCAGAUACAUGUGCAAAAAGAUUGUGCCUUUAUGUUGUACGAUACAUGCAACAGCCCACAAUGUUCUGCAUCCAGUGUGCUGUUGGUAAAUGUAUUACUGUUACAGCCAGAAGUACCACUAAUGCUUCUGUUGUUAGCUUACCUUAACCAGGGCAAUCAGCGUCUCGGCAUCAAUGUAUGCGUGGAUUAUACUACUGCCGACAGUAGGUCAGAUUAGGACUUGUUGACCCUGCGACGUACUAUUCAGAGAUUAGAUUAGCUCUAUUUGUAUGUAAAGGGUUGUGAUUAAUAGGGAGAGUCUGCGGUGCUUAAAUAUCCUGAUCAGAUCCCGGGUUCUUGCUCAGCAGGGGCUCAGGUGCUGGCCUCUUGCUGAACCUGAAGUGUUCUUUUUCAUUGGAUAAUUUUUCCUCUAGUAACUCAGGGACAUUGGUCUUUGAUUAGAUGUACAUAGGUGAUUCUAUUCUUACUUGACCUGCUCUUGUUUAAUACUACUUCAAAGUCAAGCAGUUAGAGACAUUGGAUUUAAUAUGAACAAAUCGACUAAAGACAGGCCUUAUGUACUCACCAUGAUCACAGCAUUAGUUAUCCUGGUGGCCGACCCAAAACAAAGGGUUUAGACUUGUGUGAGGCUGACUUGUUGGCUGUAAAUGCACAGGGCUCCCCCUGGGUGAGUCCCCAAGGCUCAGCAGAUACCAUUCUGCGUGCUCCAGGGCCGCAAAUCCUCUUUGCAUGGCCGGUGAUCAAGCCAUGAUGUAAAGGAGCUUAGUAGCAAUAGACAGGCAGGCAGGAAGGAAGCUGUUUCCCUGUUGGCCAGGAGUCAGGUGAUCAAAAGCACAUACACAGCACCGACAGGAGAGAGAGAGAGAGAGAGAGAGAGAGAGAGAGAGAGAGAGAGAGAGAGCAGGGAAGAGGUAGAAAAACAAGGAGAGAAAUGGACGCGUACAGGUUUAUGAAUGACAACACCAGAGGGAGUUUGGGAAGAGGAAUCAGCAGAGAUGAGUCAGAGGUUUUUCUAAAGAUCGAUUGGUUGUAAUCCAGGUGAAAACGCAAGUUUGGCCUACUGUAGCUCAAACCAGUACAGUCUGCCUGUAAGCAUGCUGUACGUACAGGUCUGUGUUGACAGCAGCGGGAUAAUGUGCUUUAAUUGGGUACUUUAAAGUUGAAGAGGACCAAGGUAAGAGAAGAAUCUGUUUUGAAUAUAGUCCCAAACAAAGCAGCCAAGGAUUUUUUUAACUACUCCAAUCACAGAGAGUGUGAUCCAACAUGGAAGCUCCUUUUUUUUAUCUCACCCUUCUCUGCAUCUCUCUUGUUCUUCUCUACAGGUCACUUUCCUCCCUCCCUCCCCCUCCUCCCCUUCCACCUGUCACAGUGCUGGUUGCCAUGGAGAACUCCUCGGUGGCGUCUGCAUCCUCUGAGGCUGGGAGCACACGCUCGCAGGAGAUAGAGGAGCUGGAGCGCUUCAUUGACAGCUAUGUGCUGGAGUACCAGGUGCAGGGGCUGCUGGGAGAUAAAGCAGACGGAGAGCUGGAGUUGGACAACAGUGGCAAGGUGCCGCAGGUUAGACUCUUAUUUGGUAAAAAGUUAUAGCUAUGUUUGAAGCAGUUUCUGGUUUGUAUUUUUCUAAAUACACUGGAUUUGAAGGAACAGCUCAGUUGUAUUGUGUUUGUAUCUGGACAGUUAUUGGAGCACAUUCAUUGACACUGCAGCUGCAGAAGCUUCCAGUUAUUGACUGUUUUUUUUGUGUGUUUUUGAUGCACGGAUAUACCGCCACUCAAAAAUGAAAGCACCAUUUCUUCAUUUCUCUCCUUCAGUGGACUGAUGACUGUAACAACAAGAAAGAUGGCAGCUGGACAUCUUCAAGAGGAAGAGGCUCAUUCAAGCCAGUAAGUGUGUUUCAACACUUCGCCAAGUCAACAGAAGUACAUCACUGAAUUAAAGCUUGAAGUAUUGUGUUUUUGAAAAUAGGGGUGUCCCGAUAUGAUAUUGAUAUUGGGUAUCGAUGCGAUAUCAGCAAAAAAACGAAUAUCAGAUUAUACCUCCGAUAACAGCACUCUGAUACAAGCAGUCCAUUCCAGACUCCGCUCCGGCACCUAUAUCUAGCAGCGCCCUGAUCUAGCAAGCUGAGCCCACAAAAUCACAUCAACGGUGUGUACGAGGAUACGAAUAAAGUAGCAAGGAGUAAGAGUGAUGUUGGCCUUGUGGCAGUAUUUUUAAGUCCGAAAAAGACAUUGCAGCUAAAUGAAAAACUUGUCAUGCACAGUUUUGUGCCUGUAUCGCUAUCGGUCAAUAUUGAAGGCUACAAUAUCGGUAUUGUAUCGGGACACCCCAAGUUGAAAAGGCAGAGAGAAUUCUGAGAACAACAGUGUUCCUUAACAGAUAUUUAUGAAAACUUGCAGUGUUUACUGCUAAUUUUACAAACAUAGCUAAUGAGCAGGUUGUUAAUGUCAUCAGACAGUGGUUUAGCUAUAGUUUGUAGUGUUAGUCCCUGGGCUACACGGUCUUUUGCUUUAUUACAUGUUUCUAUCUUUUGUUGUUUUUUUUUUUUUAAAUGAAGUUGGAUUUAGAUUAUGGUUUACAAUCCUUUGAGGCAGAGAUGAUGAGGUUUUCUGCCUUUCUCUGUCCUUCUCAUGUUGUUUUCUUUUAAUCUUGAAUCUUUCCAACCUGAUUUACUUUACCAUGUGUUGCUGCAAUUUCUGCUGCUCCACCCUGACCAUCCUUUGAGUUGGCAUCUGUCUCCUCACUUUAAUCCUUUCUUUAACUUUCUGAGGAAAAAAACCUCCACUGCAUUGACCCAACAUUGAUGAAACAGGACAGCAGAUUAGAAAAUAAUGCCUUACUGUGCAGAAUUAUAGAAUUGAAACCUCUACUGUAACAUAUAUAUUACAUCAGCAACUAUUAGAUACACUGUACAUGUGGUGAAUCAGCACAAAUGCCCAAAUUCCUGAGGCACUAAGGCUAGCUUUUUUUUUUCCUUUCAUGUCUUUGUUUAUGAAGUUCCUUCUGAUGUUCACAAACCAAAGUCUGACUCAAAUGCCUGACCCUGAAGCUGCUUCUACCAGCUAGCCUUGAUUCAGAGGGUGCGCUGGCUUUUACUAGUGUUUCCAAAGGUGGUGAUCGAUGCUGGUCACCUAAAACUACAAGACUAGGCAGGCCUAGAUCUAACCUGCACAGGCGUGUGUUUACCCUCCACUUCAGCCUCGUCUUCCUCUUUGCUCAUCUGCCAUCACUGAAGCAUUUCAUUAACUUUAGCUUAAAUGUUCUGCUCAGAGCUCUGUUGAUUUGGGCUGCACUCUUCCUCUCCAUUAGGUGUUUAUUUGAAUGAUUAUGAGAGUGUAACAUAGGCAUAAAGCGGUGCAUGGCUCGUUUGCUUGCUUUCUUGCUUGCUUGCUUGCUUGCGGUUGAUGCAGAGCAAUGUUACACCUACAUCAGUUUGGUUCCGCACACAAAUAUUUGCGUUGACAUUGUCAGAUGUAGGGAAAGUAGCCAAAAUAAUAAAUCAUUAUUGGCAUCCUUUUGUUGAGGUACCAAGCGUGCCAAUCCCUUUAGGGUGGAGCUCAAACAUUACAAUCUAUUGACUAAAAGAGGAGGAGUAGGGAAGAUCGUGCUGGAUUAUAUCUCUACUAGCUCGAUGUUUUUUGAUCUGUAGAAUAGAUAUGCAUGAAUUCAGGUUUAGUCUUAUCAGGAAACAAUCUGCUGGGUGCCUAUUCAAACUCAGACACCAGCUGAGCAGUGGGAAAGUAGAGGAAGAGAUCACACUGGAAGAAAUAUUUCCUAAAACCUGAUGUUAUGGAGUUAUUUGGUUAUUAACAUAGCUAACCUGCAGCCAGUGUGAUUUUUUUAGACUCCAACAAAGGAUAAAGAACUGAACAACUGUCUUGCAUUUUGUAAAAAAAAAAAAAAACAGUUCCUUUUUCCCACAUUAGGAUUAGGCUUUUGCUUUGCAAAGCAUCCUGGGUAUGCACCCAUGCUUUGCUUUCAUGCUUAUGACAUAAUCAUUGCUGAUUCAAAGCCUACAUAGCCCUCAACUGAUCAUUUUGUUCUGUUUUAGAGCUCUAUGCAUGGCUCAUGGAAAAACAUUGGCCAGCUUUCUAUUCUCUGGAUUUUCGGUGCAUGAGACAGACAUGAGAUUUGCUGUCUAGUGUACAGGCCUACAGAGUGACUGGUCAGAUCUGUUAUUUAGGAUUAGGAUGCAUGCCGAAAUGGAAUUAUGCAGCCAUCAUUUCCUGUCUGAAGUGCCCAACAGUACAGUUGGCUGUGGAAACACAAGGAAGGCACACCAGAAGUGAAUUGUACUUAAUGAGAAGUGUUCUGAAGUCAGAAACUGAAUAAUCUUAAAUAAAUUAUCAGUCAGUCUGCCAAACACCUGUGCGUGUGUGUAUCUGCGGUGCUGUGCCAUGUUAGGACUCUUCAGUCUGCAAUGAGUGUUAUUGCUCCCCGGAGUUUCAGUGGUAUGAUUCAUCAGGAAGUGAGUGGUGAGGGAGAAAUAGCAGGGAUACAGAGCAAAGUGAUAAAGAUAUAAAGGAGAUGGAAAGAGAGAGAGAAGGGAGGGGGGGACUAAAUGUAGUUCAUCAAAUUGGAUCAUUUUAACCACAAUAUUUGACACAACUGAAUCUAACAUGGCAAAAAUGAGAGCCAUCGUCGCUGCUCCACAGACAUUGGUCUAACUACUUCGAGUACUUGUAGAGGGCCGAGUGUAGAGUGCUCUGUGAUAAGCAACAGAGUACAAUGCAGUCUGUUGUUACACUCCUUACAUGCAAAAUUUCAGCCUUGUUCCUCAUCCUCUCAUGUUCCUACAGGACGAGUGGGAGCACAGCAGUAACGGCAGCACAGGUUCCAGGCCCAGUUCAGGAUCCAGACCAGGAUCAGGUUCCCGCUCUGGCAGCAGAGGCAGAAACAACCAGUUCAAAUGCCCAGCUAAGGUACAAAUACAACCGUGUGUUUGUUUGCAUCUAUUCUCACCUCUGUAUGAUAUUAAAGGAAUUUUUGAUAGGAACUCUGAGGGAUUUAUACUGUGACUACAUCAUGAACAAUGUGGGCAUCUUAGGAAAUGUUCCUCUACUUGGAACUUGACAAGAGAUGCUCACCUUAUACACUUCUUUUUUCAUCACUGUCUUUUUCAUUUGAUGAUACUCAGUAAGUACACUAUGAAGCUGAGCGAGGUUCCUGUUUCAAUAGUUUUGUAAUCAUGUGAUGGUUUUGAGGGGACUUUUUGUAGUUGUGCUGAAAAUUUCUGUCUUGGUUUUUUCUUUUUUGCCCAGAACGGAAACAGAGAUGGCUCUUUUGACAUCCUUGGGACAGAUAUAUGGGCCGCAAAUACAAUGGACUCACACGGGUAGGUGCCUUUUAAUUCCACAAAUUAAAAGCUCCUGUGAGGAUUUUUUUCUGUCUCAUGCAAUGAACUGAAAUGACUGCCUGACUGUUGGAUAUUUUCCAAAUUUUAAGACACAUUAAGGGACACAGAAUGACAUUCAGUCUGCUAAAAAUGAGGUCCAACCAUAAUUUCUUGAGCGCUGCUUUGAAACACAUCCUUAUUUUUUUAUUUUUGCUAUUGCUGACUUCAGUAUGACUUUGCUCAUAUUAGCCACAAUCAUAUGACACUGAUUUUAUCCUGACGUGUCAGAGACAGUAUUUUCCUACUUUUUCAUUACGGUCCAGAUUUCUUUUUGUUUUUGAUGUUGGUAUCUAAAGAAAAAAUAUGAGAAUGAUAAACCUUCAGAAAUCUGGUUGAGUGAACUCUGUCCUCUCAUUGCACACCGACUCUUAGGGGUUAAGACGCUUCCUACUAAAGCCCUGGGGCCUCAUUUAUCAACCGUGCGUAUGUGUGCGUAAUGAGUGCGUACGAACAUUCCCACGCGAAGUCUGGAAUUUAUCAACCUGUACUUGUGCUUAGGAACAUGCGUAAAUUUAAGCACAACUCUGACCAUGCGUACACACAAAACCUAGUGGUAGGACAGUGAAACUACAAACUGAACCCAUUACAGGAGUCACAGCGUUCCGCAAUCUCAAACUUCACACGUUCUCUGUUGCCUCUGUACAAAAUUUAUCAAUUAGUAAUUUAGCAGACAUUUUGAAAGAUUGGUGAGACAAGCUAUAAAAAUCAGCUGUGACAGGACAACCUCAAAAGAAGUCUUACAAGUACAAAUACAAGUAUCAUGGUUUAUUUUGCGCUAUUUGAGGACUUGGAGAACCGUGCUGAUCUGUUCAGUGAGAACAGCAGCAUUCUCAGCAGGUACCGCUUCCCCCAAAACAUUUUGAUGGAUUUAUGCCGCGAUUUACUACCCGUGUUGGAGCGAGAGACAAAACGCACCAAAGCCAUCCCAGUGCACAUCCAGCUCCUGUCCACCCUAACCGGAACAUUUCAGCGUGAGAUUGGAGACAUAUGCGAUAUUUCGCUGCCAACGCUAAACAGAAUCAUACCGGCAGAGUUGGAUGUAAUAAUUUCUCUGGCCUCAAUUUACAUCUAGUUCCCAAACGCAAAAAUAAAAUGGGGAUUUCACGCCAUCGCCGUAUUCCCAAACAUAAUUGGAGCCAUAGAUUGCACCCACAUCAUAAUAAAAGCACCUUUACACAGUGAAUUCAGAUUCGUCAACAGGAAAAGAUUUCAUUCAAUCAAUGCACAAAUAAUCUGUGAUGCACAUUUGUUUCUGUUUAACGUUGUUGUCUGGAGAAACGCACGACUCUAUCAGCUCUGUGAGUGUGCACCUCCAUGAUUUCGUGAUUCUGUUGAUGCCAUAUAUGGUCAAUUGAAGGCGUUCCUGAAUGCAAAUGACCCUAACCACGCACGAGCAUGGUAGUAAAGAACAGGUGGGAUUUAUCAUCACCGAUUAGUUAUUGGUGUGGGUACGACUGGUGUCUGGCUGUUUGAUAAAUACAGAUUUUUUUUGUACAUACGCACAUUCUUAAUUUCAUUCCUACGCCAGAAUUUAGAACCUUUUCUACUCACGGUUGAUAAAUGAGGCCCCUGGUGCUUGAACAUCCUGUUAACCAGGUGAGAUGUGUGCGGGAAAUCUUUCUCAACUCCUGUUUGACUACAUGAUCUUUCAGACAAGAGCUAGACAUGAACCUCUGAAAAUAGAAAAAGAAAGAAAAUGAGCAAGACAUAAAUCAGUUACAGUGGAGGGAGGAUCUGGUUGCCACGGUAACAGCUGUGCAGCAGCUUCAGCUAUCUAAGAUCCGGCCACGUUGGCACAUCUGAGCACACAGUGAAGGAGCCGGCACAGUGGGAUGAUGUAAGCAGCCCCCCCUCCAUGCAGUCUGAGAUGAACUGUAGCACAUAUUAAAUUUAGAUAAUGGUGUCUCAGUUUGUGCUCUUCUUACCUGUUGAAGGAGCCCAGUUAAAAAUAGUCAAACCAGUUGUUUGAGUUAAUUUAUAUUUAAAACAAAAAUAAUGACAAGGUCUUGAGCGAUCUACUUAGGUUGUCAAGGCACCAAAAAUUCGCAAUUAACAUGUAUUGAUAUGUUUUAAAGACACUUAUUCGACAUUUUGGCCUUUAUAGACAGGACAGCUGCCGAGAGACAGGAAAUCUGAGAGAAGGUGAAAGCUGUUGCGGUCGAUGUGUCAAGGAUGUGUUUAGGGGUUACUUUCUCUACAGACUGAGCUAAACUGGUUCCCUAAAAUGAUCUUUUUUUAAACUUGGACUCUUGCUUUGACAAAGAGUUCCUCUUGCCUUCAAUUUGACAACAGCCCAGUCAUGACUAUUUAAUAUGACUAUUUUUGAACUGCCCUGUAGAAUUGCCUGGUCAUUCUUUGUGUGUGUUUAUGGAUGCUGGAUGUAUGUUAUCUAAAUAUAUAUCUCUUGCUUUGCAGAGGUGCAGGCUGGGAUGUGCAGCCAGAGAAACUCGACUUCAGCCACUUCCACAGGAAACACUUCAGGGGAACGCCAAAGCACCUGCCUCACAUUGACAGAGAGGGGUAAGGUCACGAUGCUAGCUUUGUACUAAAAUUCUGCUGUAUUUACCUUACUACUCUUUUUUGAUUACAUUCUGUAUACUUAUUUUCAUCCUUGGGAUUAGCACUUAUAGUUGUUUUAAAUCCUGUUGGUUACAAUUCUCUAAAUGGAACAUCUAUUUGUGGAUUUUCCUCUUGCAGAAUGAACAAAAACAAGUAUGAGGAGGAUGACGGCAUAGACAUGAAUGACAUCGAGAGGUUUCUACCUAGUCUGCGUUCUGUAAGUCGAGCUUUUUUUCCUCAGUCGAAGGUGUUCUCAGUGAGUUUCUGUAAUGUCUUAAAUGAAAACGUCUGAUCUGCAGAGGCACUCAUUGUAAUUGUGUUGAUCUGUUCAGUGAGAGGAAACCUCUCACCAAAGCCAAACAAUAUAUUAGUUGUAAAAGAGGGCCCUCCGCUGGUGAAAUGGAAACAUAACAACAGAGCAGAGGCGCUUCACUUACUACCACAGAAAAAAAAAUUCAACUUAAAGUGCUACAUGAAAGUGGAGCAUGGUUAUCUUUUCUGCUGAAUUGAGAAAAUUCUCCAGGAGGUUUUUCUCAGAAAGAUACAACUCACAUGAGAUCAGUCAGUAUGGACCAUGUAAACUCUAUGAGCAAGAUUGGCCCACCAUAAAUUAUCCUCUGCUGACACCUGGUGGUGAAAUGCUGCAAUAAGUUGUAUGAGGCAUGAGAAGCGCACAAGAUGUUACUCUGACCCCUGGUGGUGUGACUGAUGUAUAGCAAUUCUGAACAAGCCAAUCGUGUCGACAGAGCAGCGCUGUGGGCCUCUCUGUUUCUGUUUUGAACUUCUUUAAUACCUUUGUUGCUCACUUUGAAGGAUAUCUACCCAUACAUAUCUAAAAACUGUAUGCUUUUAUAUGUACAGGAGAACCCGUGGUUAAGAUAUUGAUAUUAUGUGCGAGUCAAAGUUUGCCAAAAAAGUGUAUAUUUGUAGUACAAAAUCAACUAUUUCUUUCUCCACUCUCUGAUAAACUGAUGUUGAUUUACCUCGAUGUAAUAUAAACAAAUAAUCUGUCUGAUCACAGAGACUUUAAAAGUCUGAUCGAAGUUGCCAAGUGAUUCUCAAAAUGACGUUACUCUUGGAUUUUUCUCUGAGCUUCCUUACAAUACUUUUGUUUCCCUCUCUUUCUGAAUGUGACAUGCCCGCCUUCAAAUCAGUGAAACAAAGAAUGUAGAAUUGGUUUUACAGCUGUUUUAUGCCUCUGCAGGCAGCACAGCAUUGUGUUUUCAAGGUGAUCUGUUAUUCACUAGAGUGGCAGAGUUCAGUCCAGUUCACCAGUGUCACCCACGUCUCUUCCUCCUCUGGGCCACAAUGUCUUCCAUCUCUCUCAUCGUUCGAGCCACAGCGUCUUCCUCUUUCCUUCCUUUCUUGGCGGCCGAGCGAAACUGCGCUUCUACUCUCAUACUGUUUUAGACGGCCUAGUAGUGCUACCAAGAUGGUUCAGUUAUUGUAUAGUUUCUGAGCCAAGAUUUUCAAUUUCCGUUUAUUCAGUCAAGGCCAGAAAAAAAGAUGGGGUCAGCUGAGUUUGUCUGGUGGCCUUAGGAUCGGAUGUGUGUGGGCAUGGAGACACAGCACGUUCAGAGUCACGGUGUUUGCCACGAUUCCUGUCACUCACAUUCCUUAGCCUUCCUCUCAUUUUACAUCCACAUGUAUUUUUAGUUUUUUUUUUUUUUUUGUUCUGCUCGUGCUGGAUGUUAUGCCCUGACAUCUUUAUUUAUACCCCAAACUUUGCUUGUGGAUUUUGGCAGCAGUGGUUUCAGGCCAGCCACUGAUAUGUCAAUUCUUGUUCUGAUUGUCAACACUCUGCUGAAACUUCCCUCCUUUAGUCCAGAAUUGUACCCAAAACAACUGGAGGGGCACAUAGGAAUCUUUUUUUAAACUUCUGAGUUUGUUCCAAAAAACUAGACCGUUUUGAAACACUUCCAUCAAAGUCAAUGCAAACUUCAUUUGAACUUGAGUGUUUUGCAAUCAAGUUUAUGGACAAACAGAAAAAACUUCCUCUCACUCUGCUGCUUCGAAUUACUGUGCAAAUCCCUCAAAUAACACACCAAAUAUGUGCAUGCAUUUGGCUGGUUGUGAGCCAAAAUACUCCGUCAUCAAACACUGCCAAUGCAAACUCACUCAAUUCUUGGUUCAACAAAAAACAGCUAUUAAUGAUGUAAUAAUUAGAGCAAAAUCAGAGCUGAUUUAUAAUUGAAAUUGUUGACCUAGUAGUUUAAGCAUGCAUUCUAUGUGCUGGAGUCCUACUAUAGUCCUUGCAGCAUCAGUUGCUGGUUCAACUCCCCAGCCACGAUCCUUUGCUGCACAUCAGCCCACACUCUCUACCUUCCACACUUUCUGUCUUUCCAUAUCUGUCCUACUAAAAAAAUGCAAAAGUGCCAGAAAAAGAACCCAAACAAAAAAGUUAAAAGUAGCGACAGGUUUGAGCCUCACAGUUGUUGUGCCGAGCUCCCUCCUUUUAGAAACAACAAUGCAAGAAGAGAGGGAGAGAGAUAGAGAGAGAGAGAUGUGGCUUAUUUCUGAUAAAUGUUCAGGACUACCAGGUCUAAGCUUGUUGAUGCUAGUUGAGUUUGUUCAGAGUCACGGUGGUUGGUUAGUCACAUGCAGACAAAAGUCUGACGGAUGUUUGAUUCAGCUUUGCCUGCGUGGUGAGUUUAAAAUAAAAAAAUCUACAAAAGGAGCGUUGUUUACAGACCCAGAGAAGAUGUCAGACUUCAUUUAGUUUUAAAUAACUGAGAUAUGCGACUGUUACUUUAAGUGUUUAUCAUAAAAAUAUCCCAUAUUUAUACUUACAUAAACAACAGCAUGCCAUUUUCUCGAGUCAUCACAUCCCGCUGAAUGUGCGGGCUUCAUCCUCCCGAGUCCCUGUCUGCUUUCCACACUUGGUGCCAACAGUUGCUUCCUCUUUCCAGCAGCCAGAAUAGACUUACAAAUAUCCCCAGGACAUGGAAAGCAUCUCCUUUGUGUGUAGGUGUGUGUGCGUACCGGGGGACUUCCUACCUUUGCCCUCAGAUUCUGUUGCACCCUCACCGGCCCUCGAAUAUCAACCUGCUUCAUAUGACUGUGAUCACGUUCAGUGUCAGGUUGUACAUGUGAGGCAUUCCGGGUUCAGGGAGCAUGUGAUUGAUCUAGGGACUGAUUGAUCGCAAGAAUUUUUUUAUAAGAAGAAGACAUGAACAGGGAAGUGCAGAAAUUUACAAUUUUAUAGGUUAUUUAUGAUAUAGAGGUUUCAUUUUUUAACCACCUAGUGUUAGCAAGGGAUUAACGCGAAAUAAACAUGUCAAACAAAGACACAGUUUCACUCAGGAUGUGUUAUCACUGAUGUUAACCUAAAAAUCGUCUCUGAUUGUGAAGUAAAACCGAGUGAACAGGUCCCCGUGAAACAGCGCAACACCUGAUAAAUGUUUCUCCCACGGCGCUUGCAGUCUGUGACAUCAUACUCGGUUCACUUCAUACACCAUCUUCUGUAGCCCACAGUUUCUGUGACCUCUCUGACCUUUUCUCGGCUGUUUCUGUCUCUUUCGGUUUUUCCUCACUGUAAUCAUAACUGUAUCGAAGUUCUCCCCGUGCGUUGCUUUCAUUAUCAGUAGUUCGCUGGAGUCUGUGGUCAGAGCGAAACCCCAGGGCGACAGUCAGUUCUCGGUGACAAAGGUCUGCUUCCCUUUGAGAAUAACAAACAUUUGCACUGAUUCGUUUCUAUGUAAUGGCCAAUCAGGAUCAAGAACAUAACACAGUUGUAAAAGUUAACUCAAGCCUGAGGUGUGAUACUAUACUACCUAACAAGUCCAGUCUAAUUCAUCUGGCUGUUUAAGAAUAUAAAUUGUGGAACAUCAUUUUGUAAAGAUUCAUAUUCCAUCAUCAAACUGCAGCUUUUCUCUGUCUGCUACUUUAACAAAUAUAUUUAUUUUUUGAAGCGAUUAAAGAAAUAAGAAGCAAAGCCUCACCAGGGAGCUGUUAUCAAUAUUUUGAGUUUAAUCUUUUAAAAGUAACUCUAAGAGCUUAAGGAUUGUUAAAUAACCUGUUUGUAAUGGGAAAAGGUUUCUACAUAGUUUAAAUCGUUCUGCGUUUCUUUCGAAAAGGCCUGAAAAACUCGAUGAUUGUUUUCCAAAAGUACAGGAUUUAAACUGGCAUACUCUACAGACGUUUCCCCCUUGGCACAGAUAUUUCUUCCCUGUAACCAUUACCACCUUCAUGACACAUACUGUACUCCAACAUGGACACUCAAUCCCACUCACAUGCUGUUUGGCUCAUCAACACGAUCAUGUCAGCAUGAUCCUCCGUGUUGUGACAGACACAUCUCGUGGGCAUGUGUGGGUGUGUGUGGGCCUUCUCAACACUCCUACUGUAUCUCAAAUAAUUCCAGCAGGCUCUCGCUUUUCCGCACACCAAUGGCUUUCAGUGAGUAAUUAUGUGUGGAAGACAUGUCAUCUAUUUUUAUGGAAAUAUCUAGAUCGUGCUUGUGACUAAUAUGUUACCAGAUAAUGAUUCACAAACAUCUUUCUUGACCUAUUUUGAUUUUUAGAAAAAAUGUACUCAGUCGUAAAACUCAAACCUGUGGGAGGUUUCUCUUCUAAAACGGAGUGGGUGCUUCUGUUUCAGUACAACAUGUGUGACUGUUUUGACCUAAUGUUCUUCCCUAUGAUGUAAUGUGUUGGCAGCCGAGCUUAUGUCAACUUAGUUUUAUAAGGAGUCCAGGUAGUUGUGAUUAGGGUCAGACUCAGCUUUGUUAUACCUGAAAAAAGCAUUAUAACCAGUGUAGUACGUUACAGUGUUUCUUUAACCUUUUAAAGGAACAGUGAAUAUGAGGGUGGUCAGUCAGCUGGUAAACUUGGAUCAGCAUAAAGAAUGGGAGCAGAAGAACCAGAGAAGUCUGACUCUGUCAAAAUGUAAAAGAUAUCAGUUUGCACAAGUGAUGAAAUGGAUCACAGAUGAUCCGUAAUCUGCACAUAUCGCCCCCUGUGGCUCAGAUCACAUGUGAUCCUGAGGAGUCUCAGUGCCUUUAGUGUUUAUUAGAUGCCAUGAGGAUCAAAUGAAGACGGCCUUUUUAACACACUGAAAAAAAAGCAUCUUAAAGUGGUAUUUCAUUGAUUAUGUUGACUUUGUCUCAAACAGUGAUUUGACUUUUCUUCUACUCUGUGUGUGUUUUUUUUUUUAAGUAUCACUUGGUGGUUGUGUCUGACAACCAAAGACUGUGGAAAACACUGACUGGCUACAGUAAAAGUCUUAAUAUUAUCCAUUAUAAGAGAUGAAACAUGCAUAAAUAUAAAUAAAAAAUAUAAAUACACGUAAAGUCACAUUUUUCUCUGGCACAGUUCACUUGUAUGUAUUCAUGUAUAAGUAAAAAGUUUGCUUUCGAUUGGCCUCAUGAGCUCAGAUAUCAGCCGCUGACACCCAUUUCAAAAUGCCUUUAAUUAUCCCUGGCUGAUUAAUCAGCUUGACUAAUUAAUUGGUUGAUCUCUAUCUCUCUAUGGUGUCAUGACUGACCGCUCUGUGGACAAAUACAGACGUCUGAGAUAUUUCCCAUUAGCAAGUUGGAGACAAAAAUCUCUGAGGAGACUUCGCCAACACUAACACAGAAGUCACAGAACUUUCUAAAACCACAAGUGUCUACUUCAGGUUAACUCUGUUAUGCAGUGAGCUGUGCAAACCUUGGUGAUCUUGUUUAGGGGUAUCCUGAUGGGAUAUUGACAUCGGAUAUCGGUCCGAUAUCAGCAAAAAAACGAAUAUCGGAUUAUAUCAGCCUGCAUCUAAAAUCUCCGAUAUCAGGACUCCGUUUCAAGCAGUCCAUUCCAGACUCCGCUUCGGCACCUCUAUCUAGCAGCGCCCUGGUCCAGCAAACUGAGCCCACAAAAUCACAACAGGAGUACUAAGGUAUGAGCAAAGUAGCGAGGAGUAAGAGUGGUGUCGGCCUUGUGGCAGUAUUUUUUUAAAGUCUGAAAAAGACGUUGCAACUGAAUGAAAAACUUGUCAUGCACAAUCGAAUCAAAUAUCGGUAUCGGUCAAUAUUGAAAGCUAAAAUAUCGGUAUCGUAUCAGAAGUCAAAAAGUUGUAUCGGGACAUCCCUAAUCUUGUUGGUUUUAUUUGUUGAACAGGUUACAAUGUAGGCCCUACACCUCCACUAGCCAGACUCACUCCUAUGCGUGCAUUGUUACCAUCUGCACAUUAUGUCAGCGCCCAUCAAGGCAGUAUUAUGGCUUCACUUCUCACAGUAGGAAGAGGAUGGAGCCUCGAUGUCCACAUUAAUUUAUAUAGUGUAAAUGUUGACAACUGGCAGUCGCCUAAUGUUAGCGACAUUAUUCUGCGGUCUGUACAUGUAAACUUGGCUUUGUUACAUAAACUCAGGUAUACAACUGAGUUUAGUCUGACAAUCAUAAAGCAUGCUCACUAUUGUUCAGGCUAAUACACACAACAGAAGCAGCAAGAGCAGACAGUGCAAAGACACACACAGACACACACCUGCUGAAUAUAUGUUCGACACUGUCAAAGCCCAUGAUGAAUUGGUGUGUUUUAGAUUACAGCAUAUGACUGUCGUUAUUCACAGAAGGGUUUUUGAUGUGUUUGAAAUGAGGUUACAAAUACUGCAAUCGGAAUGAUAGAGCGCUGACGUUCUUAAAAGCAUUUUUUUGAAUAAUAGAUUUUCUGAAUGUUUUUGCUUUUACUUGGAGUUAUUUCGGUGUGUGAAGGAAAUGAGGACCCUCGUCAUCUUCCCCUGUUUUCUGUCAGAGGUUUAGUUGGUGUUGCCUAGCUGUGGCUUUGUACACUACUCUCAAAACGAAAUCAAAAAAGUUUACUCCUAAAAGGUCAAAAUAGCCCCCCACAGGUCCAUAAUAAAUCGGUUUUCUAAUAGAUUUGAUCUGUGACAUGAUAUUGGAGUUAACGUCAUACAUUUACAUCAGAUUAAUUUACUCUGAAUUGUUUGUUGGUGUUAUGAGAAUUUUAUCUCAAAAUAUUUCCAGUCAAAGAUGUUUGUUUUCCUUCCACAUCAUGUGUGACUGUAUUCAAAACUUCCUCAAGAAUGGAGGGCACCAGAGAAGGAAGAGAAGGGCAGGGUGAGACUGCUCAAAGGGGGAGAAAGCGUCUAGUCAUUUAGGAGACAUCCGGUCUCUGCUCUGUGAACAAAGCGGUCCAACAGGGGAACAAAGCCGGAGCCUGGAGCUGGGAUAUUACAGACUGGUUGGCCCCUGUGUCUGGAAGUGUACGUGCCGCAGAGCAGGACUCUGGUUGUGAAGACACGCUUGGGGGCGGGGGUGGAGGGGUUUUGGCCGCCUGUCUGUCAGCUGUCAGUCUGUCUGACACAUGCAUUCCACUCGUGCUUAUUUCUCACACAUCUUUUUUUCGUGAGUUUUAUUUUUGGUCUUUUAUUGCCUUUAUUUAGAAGGGACAGGACAAUGGAUAGAGUAGGAAAUGGAGAGAGAGCAGGGAGUGACAUGCAGGAAAGGAGCCAUAGGCUGGAAUUGAACCUGGGCCACCCACUUGAGGCAUAACCUCUGUCUACGAGGCACAUGCUAGGACCACCAGGCCUGUGGCGCCCCCUUGCACAUACUCUUUCUCUUUCUACCCCACUCAUCACACAUCUUCCCUCUCAUCUUUUAACUCCUCUCCUCUUUAUUCUUCCUAUUUGCUGUUUCCUCUUUCCUCUUCUCCUCUUACCGCAAUCAUUACACUCCAUCCUCCUCCUCUCUCCUCCCCACACGUCGUCCUUCACUCCGCCCCUCCAUCCUUCAAACGUCGGUGGGCAGCCGAACAAUAUCCAGGGGGUCACGGCGACCGGCAGCCCCCUCCCUGCGGUCUUUUCCUGCUAUUGUCCCUGGACCCACUGCUGCUUGGCUCCCCACACUCUAUUAACCGCACACACACUGACUUAAUCACCAACGCACACUGUUCUCCUCUGGCCUCAAUCAUGGGAGACACGCUGGAGACCUGAGAACAUGCAUGAAGGCAGGAUACCUGGGGAAAUUUAUGACUAUAUCCUCAGAGGAAUUCAACAAAAGUUCCUGAGUGACCUCAUGGGUUAAAUUUAUCGCAUGUGAAUGACAGCCAGAAUAUGUAAAUAUGCACAAGCAAACAGGAUUAACCAAAUUUAUUCCACUGCAAAAACAUCAUAAUGAAACACACAUUUUAAACAGAUAAUGAUGUAAAUUUAUGAGGCUGAAAAGGAGGUAAAUUUGAUGUUAUGCCUGUUUUCUUUCCCCCCCUGUUGAAUUAUUGAACACAUCGUACUUAUCAUGUAACUGGUACAAAUUCUGUCAAUUUAUGACGUUGAAAUCGCUGUAAAAUCAAUUUUCCUCUCUUAACGGAGCAUUAAAAAUUUGGCAAAAACUGGUGGGAUUUCUCGUAAAGAAAAGGGUCAUUUAAUAGCUGCUCCUCACAAGCAUAAUGAAGAUCUGGAUCCCACGCCCCCAUGCUGAGAAAAUGAGGUGACUGUCAAAGUGAUGUAACACAGAGAACAGUUUUGAUAAAAGCCUUUUUUUUUUUUUUCAACCAUUGGUUGGGAUGGCAGGACAGAGCCGUACACACAUGAAACCUGCAGCUGCAGCAUUGGUUGUCGCAUGAUAACAUUUCUAUAGGGUACUACAGGCUUUUUUCCCUUUUUCCCUCUGACACUUUGAUCCCACAAUGGCUCCAUCUCCUCCUGUAGCUAGACCUCCAAGUGCUUUGAUGUACCUGUCUUUCUGUCUGUGCUCUGCUCCGGCCCCAGCCACAGAUCAUUUAUUAAAUGAGACACGAAUGUCAGGACCUCACAUCUUUGCCUCUUAUCACUGAUCAGCCGCCAUACCUGGCUGUGGCAGCUUUAAAUCUCUGCUUUUGGCACUGUAGGCAGGCAUCAGCUGCAGAGUAAUCAAAGGCUGAAAGUAGGGAUCAUGUAACACGAGGCUGUGGUCUUUAAAGAAGUGAUUCAAGAGGAAAACAAGUUGUGAAAUCUUAAAUGUUGACUUUAUCUCUGAGGUAAGACAGGCGCAGUCUCUUGUAGUGUAGGAUGAAAACAUCAGCAUGUCUUGUCAGAAUCGUGUUCUAGCUUAAUCCUGAGGGAACAAACAGAUUUUUAAUAUCUUUCUCCAAUGAAAUCUAUAUUUACAUUUCUAUAGCCCCUGGUACUGCUAAGAAGUUAAACAAUGGUGCUUUGGGGGAUUUAGAGUUCAACACAUUUGAGUUUAGCUAUAAAAGUUGAUAUAAAAGAGACUUUAAAAUUGUUUACGGUUAUAAAACCAGAGUGUUGACUUUAGCAUGCUGCAGUGAAAGCACUUCAUUGUGGCAGUUUUCAGGCUUAUGUUCACUGAUGGCAUUUAUUGUGCUGCCAGCACAACUUCAGACGGAUCACUUACACUUAUUGUUGCUUGAUUACAAAAAUUGCUCCAUGACACUUGAGUUUUCCUCUGUAGCAACUGUUGGAUAUAAGUUGUUCUACAUGCUUAGUAUUCAGUUAAAUACAAACACAAAAACAAUGGAAAGAAUUCACAUCCUGGUAUUAAAAGCUGGUCAGAUCUAGUAAUUGUACUCUUAGUUUGAACUCUUUCACUGUUGUUGGCAAACUUGAUUAUCAGAAGUUCCUCCCCUUCUUUAUUUUGAUUGGUCUAUGAGGAGGAAGUGACACUGACAUGGGUCCCAGAAGUUGAACUUUUUGCAUGAGUGAGAGCAGGAUGGCAAAAAUAAAAGCUGAAUCUGAAAACACUCAAUUACAUUGCUUGGUUCAGAAAAUAAACACUACCUGUCUAACUAAAGCCUGACACUAAUGGACACGGGCACUAAGAGUUUAUUUGAACCUGCACUAGAAAUACAGAAAGGAGUGAGUAGUUUGAAGUAUUCAUUAUUGCCAAUUUGACAUUUCACAUUUAUUAAAAGGAAAUCAGUUUCUUGCAGCUCCCCAUUUGUUGUGUCUCAAGUUAGGGUAAAUCUUUUGUUUUAUUCUUUAGUAGUACCAGGCAGACAUUAGAUUGAUCUAACUAGUGGAGAGUAACAUAAAAACUAACCUAAAUAUCGACCUAUAAACGACAUUUUCACUCCAUUUAGCCAAUCGGUUACAAGCUCCUUUUUUAGCGGAAUGUUUCAGUGCUUACUCAUGAACUUACUCUCAUAAACGAUCGCCUCAAAACAGGCCAACAAUUGAAAUGACCGUCAUUAAGUACCGUUUAUCAAUUACCGGUAAGGUGGAGUUAGAUAAAAUAAGGAGGAGCAUUUUUAUGAGGUGACAGUCCAUCGUAAGUAUAAAAUAACAGUGACAUUGAGGGGUGACAUCAUCUACUCACACUUUGGAUGAUUUUGAUGUAUCUGACUCUUACAAAAACAAUAAUACUUCUUUAUGAUAACGGUGUAUGGUAAUAAUCUCUGCACAUUACAAAUGAUCACGGUCAUCUCUUGGCUGGACGGUUGGUGAAAUCCUCUGUGUCUUGUGCUGCUUAAAAAUAUUCCGUUUUGAAUUGUUUAAUGACUUUGUGUGUUUCAUAGCUGUUUCUAAGAAUAAAAAUAAGAUAUUUUUCACAUUUGCAAACCACCCCAACAUAUGAGCAAAAGAACAGAAUCGGCAAAGCUAAUAUAUGGAUGGUAAGAGAAAUGACAACACUACAUUAUUCAUAUGGGAAGUGGGAAAAAAAAAAACUAGUUAUUUCAGGCGCUGCAUUUAUUCUUCCCUCUGAGUAUUUUACAUACCUACUUUUUUUAUUUACAGUCUCUGGUUGUCAUGCUCGCUCUCCCUCUCUCCUCGGCACUCAACAACCUGUCCUGUUAUGCCACCCCUGGGGCACUUUCAAAUUUAUUGCUUUUGGCCGAGGGCCCUCGCAACAUAAAUAAGCAGAGAGAAACAAUGGGCUGACUGAAUGAGCAUCAUACCAGAAUUGUUUCUUACUAGAAGAGACAGGAAGACUUGGCACUUCACUUUCUAUGCUCCUGCAGAGAAAGUUCUAUGAUGCUUAUUCUGUUUCUGUUCUCCAUAUUUCCAUCCCUUUGCGCUUUUCUCACUUCCGUUCUUUCCUGCCUUGUUACUUAUACCCCUUUCACACUGGAGCAGCGUCAUUGUUGUGAAUGGAUCAACAAUGGAAUUUGAAGCAGGCCGAUGACCUUUCUGACAAAACCCUAAAAAAAAAAAAAAUCAAUUACUUUUACAUACUACUGAGCCUAAGUCUAAACAUUCUCAGUUUGGGAGUUUCAUCGGAGCUCUGCAAGCUUCAGGGGUGUAAUGCAUAUUGUUCCUCAGGGGCUACGUGGCGACUAGAGUGUUUGUAGGAGGACACAUCCUUUCUGUAGCUUCACAGGUAGCCUCUCCUAGUGACCUAUGAUUUUUUCCUGGAAUGCUGCUGUAUGUCAAUUUCCUCUUAAGGCAAACGUGCACACCCAAGCACAAAGGACAAUGCUCAAAAAGUACACCUCUGUUAGUCAUGUCAAGAGUCAUACUCAACGACAAUUAGACGUGUCUGUUUAAAAAAGAUUUACUGUUAGUUUAGGUUUGCAGAAUUAGUUUCUCAUGCUUUUUAAACAACUAAUAAUUCAUAUAACAUGACUAUAGCUGAAAUAAUUGUUACUGCAUACCUAGUUUUAUAGAUGAUCAUUUUGACACAUAUCGAAUUUCCCCUCAGGGAUAAAUAAAGUUCUUCUUAUCUUAUUUUUUCUUAUUCUUUAUCUGCUCAAACUGCUCGUUAUAGUGCCGGUUUUUGGUGUAAGUAAAUGUUUCACACUGAACCAGUACUUGCAAGAAUCUUACCUACUUAGUUCAAAACUUUUGAUCAUCCAUGACUGUCUGAAGAAUAUUUACUCCUAAAUGACCGACUUUUUCACACAUUAAGCCACCACAAAUUUAAAACAAUCUCUAUCGGUCUUAUAGCGCCUGCAAGGAACUUCUAGCCUGUCAAAUCUGGUUCCCCCCAUAGACAAAGCAGUCUUUACUAAUCUUGCAACUAAAGGUAUCAUUUUGUUUGAAUAUUUUUUUGUCAAAAAUGUUAAAGCAGGGCUGUUUUUUCAGCUAAUCUCAUUGCAAAUGACGAUAUAAAAAUGGUCAAUCUGGUCACUGAUGGUCUUGUUCUCCUUUUUUAUAUCAUGGAAAGACAUUAGUUUGAAUUUUGGUUGGUUCAGGACACUGCAGAAAACACCUCACAGGAGCUUUAAAUCAACAUCGUCAUGCAGUUUCCCUUGCGUCAUCAUUUUCACCCGGUUUGCGUUCUGAAACUUUAUGUGAAUCAUUGUCAAAGGUGACUUUUCUCACGGAAAACACCAUCUACAUGUUUCACUUUCUUUUUCUGCUCCUACAUCCUUCAUCUCUGUAUUCAUGUCUUCCUUUGUAUGUCUAUAGAAUCCUGCUCGAUAAAGGCCAAUCAAAUACGUGCAGGCGCACAAUGAUUGUAGAUUACUUUGUAGCAUUAAUGUGCUAAUUCUUGUAUUUACUUUGGAAAUAGAGGAUAUAAUGAAUUGUAGCUUUCGAAAAAUUCUUAAUUCAUAAAAUCCUGACACAGUGUUAAUUAACUGCAGUGUAGGGACUCGCACAUUAAAAAUUCUUAUUGCUGUUUCUGAUGCUGAAUUUUAGCACUUACAAUUAAUGGGUAAAGGGUGAUUUUUCCUUUCAUUCUCAACUUCUGCUUCACCUAUCAUUCAGCCCAGCCACUCGGAUCUACUCACCCAUGUGUCACUCAGAACCCACUAACAGCUGUCCCUUAGAUAAUCUGUGUAACCUACACUUGCUCUGCAAACAUGCGAACAUAAACAAAACCACAGAGUCUCCCUAUGUCCGUCUCCUUCUCCUCUCUGUCUCUCUCCCACAUCCACAAUCUCCCUCACCAUCCCUGUCACGUCCACAGGGCUCGCGCUGCCUGCCACAGGGUGAGAGGUCCUCUGGCUGGGGACCAGGACAGCACACGCCUCUCUUUGAUCUUCCCCUACAUUGGCUGCUACCUGCAGAUAGCAUAUUUACACACACAUAUGCACACGGACACACACACACACACACGGCGCUCUCUUAUGCAGCCACAGAGACAGCUCCACUUCUUUUUCGCUUCCUCCCUCUCUGUUUCUGUUUGAUGCAUCCUGAAACGUGUGGGUUUGCAGCAUUUCAGUAAUGCAAUUCUAGUUUCCAAAAUAUGUUUUUCUUUUGGUAAGUAAAAUAGAACAAUAAAAAGAGACAUUUUCAUUUUGCGAGAUCUGUAAAACUAGUGGAAAAAUACAACAAAGAGAACUACUGUGAGGGUUUGGGUAGAAAUGUGCCGUGUUUUCAGCGCGUAUGUGUGUGUGCAUGAGCUCCCAGUCAUCUGGUUACCAUUUGAAGGCAGAAUUACAGCUAAUGAUAUCCUAGAGGAAAACUACAGUAGCUAAACAUGCAACAGCUCCUCUGUUUCUUUCCUUUUCUCUCCGCCCCUACUUUUCCUCCCCAUCGGACCGUUUGCAUGGCACAAAGUCAAAGUCUGCAGAAAAUUCACAGAUAUUAUUCCUUCUUGGUUUAACGCGAAGUCUCUAAGCACUCAGGUCAAACUCAAACUCCGUUACCCACAGAUAGUUCAAGUGCAUUUUUGUCUUCCCUUCUUGGAUAUCACAGAACCACACAAAUUCAGAACCCACACACACAAACAGAAUAUGGCUCUCGCAUCUGGAUUCAAUCACAACCCUGAUCCCCCAGCAGCCUCUCGUGAACAGAAGUAGGUUAUAGCUGCAGUGUCAAAUAUCAAACCCUCUUUUAAACUCAUUUGAAUAUCAGGAACAUGCUUUUUUUUUUUUUUUAAUCCUACAUGGUCAUGAAGUUUGUUUUUUUUUUCUUCUUUUGCAAGAGAAGAUGCUGAACAAAUGCAUCGCUGGAAGACAGUAUGUGCAGAAAAAGUGCAUUUACUGUGUUUAUGUACACAAUAAGCUGUCUCUUUGGAUUUAGGGCAGCUUGCUUCAAUUUCCCAUUGCUUUGUAUCUCUUUUUCUUCUUCUCUCUGUCUUCUUCGCUCCUAUUUUUAACUGUAAGCCUCAGCAAAAACCCAAACUUUUCUUGUGUGCCACCACAACAUCUUGUGACUUCUCUAACAAUGGAAACAAAAACAGAAACAUUCAGAAAUCUCUUAACAAUGUGUGAUUAAAGAUGAAAUGAAGCGUUGUGCAUGUAUAAAAAAUUCAUUAUAUAGGGAUAUAUACGUUUUACCCAGGUCUAGACAACAUGUAGAGGGAUCAAUCAUUCAAGGUUACCUUUAAGUUUAAUAAUGAAUUAGAUGUGAAAAAACGGACAUUAUGUACCCAGGCCAAACAAUGCAGAGAAAGUCCUUCGUCCUCUUUACAGGCUGCAUCCACCUUUUCUCACAGUGCGUCUGCCAGAGAGAUCUCAUAUUGACAUUGACACUAACAGACUCUAGUUGCUAACACAAACUCUAAAAGCCACACCUCACAGAAAUGUAUGCAUCCAACUCUCCCAACAACAACAACUUUCCCUAUAUUUUGGGUAUAUAUAUAUAAAAGCCCUGGGUCCACCUGUAACCACGGUUACAGCAGCAUAUAGUGAUGCUGUUUAAAGAGGAAACAUGGUGUUUGAUUGACAGGGCUGAUGUUUAACGGAUGGCAGAAUGACAGUUGUUGUUUUCUUCUCGCAGUGAGUGAGCUGCAUAAGUAAGGAAUCAUACCUUGUGCCUGAUAAAUACAUUUCAUGAUAAUGUCAUUCACAACAGCCACAUAAACCAAUAAAAUGUGUGAAUAACAUUGGCACCUGAAUUUUAAGUAUGUGGAUUUAUACAUUAUAUAGGGCCCUAAAAAGUAUUAUAAAAUGUAGUGACUACAGUAUGGGCAUUUUUUCCACCUGCAUUUGCAGGAUACAAUGUUUUUUUGAAUCAUACAUGGAAAAAUUUCCAUAUUUGACGUUACACUUGUCCGUGAUGCGCAGCGAUCAGAAUCUGGAAUUCUCUUUGGCUGUGUUAUUGCUGCAGUCAUCCUCUCGGGAAAUGGUUUGCCUGUCCUUGUAGAAUUUAGUAAAUGGUAUCUUUUAUAUCAGGCCUUUUAAGACAUUUUAACUUGUCAGUUAGAUAAAGGAUAAUGUAUUUUGAGUGUGUGGAUAUGCGUAUGAUAAUUCCAGUGCCCAGGUUUUACCCUCCCGGGUUCUUACAUGCAUUACCACCUGUUUACCUUUAGGGUUGUCCCGAUACCGUUUUGAUAUCGGAUAUCAGUCCGAUAUCAUAAAAAAUUCAAAUAUCGGAUUAUAUCGGCCUGCAUCUAAAAUCUCCGAUAUCAGCACUCCGAUACAAGCAGUCCAUUGUAGACUUGGCUCCAGCACCUCUAUCUAGCAGCAACAGAAUCCAGCAUGUAGAGCCCACAUGACCACAACAACAGUGUGUACUAAGGUGUGUAGGAGUUAUGUCGGCCCUGUGGCAGUAUUUUGUCAAAAAAUACAGUGCGGAAAAGACACUGCAGCUGAGUGCAAAACAUGUCAUGCACAAGUUUGUGCUAAUAUCGGUUCAACAUUGGUAUCGGCCAUAAUUGAAGGCUACUAUAUCGGUAUUGUAUCAGGUAAAAAAGUUGUAUCGGGACACCCCUACUUACCAUACAUAAUCCCAUCUAUUAGUGAAUCAAAGAUGGUGCAAAAUUAUUCUGUGAAGCUGAUUUUAUUUUAAAAGGAUUUGUCUGUACAGCUUGAAAAAAACAGCCCUCCAAUUCCACAGCUGGUACUAUAUAUUUUAAUAAUCCAUUCUUAUCAGCGGGACAAAUAAAUAUAAAUCUGAAUGUUUUGAUUCACAGUCAAGUUGUGUGUGUGAACAGAAACGUAUGUUCUUUGCCACAGUGUCAACGGGCAGAAGUGACAUUUUACUGAGUUUGCUUUGAUGUGACACCUGUGAUUCAGUUAUUAUUAGCUUUAUUCUCGUGAAAAAUUGUCACUGUUGUGAAGAGAUUUUCACACUCAGGCAACAAUGUAAUUUGAAUCUGCUAAAUAGCCUACAGCAACAUUUAGGGAGAGCAUGUGCCGUAUUCACCCAGAGCAGAGUUUUUCCGCCUGACAACCUGAUGGUCAGACACAAACAUUUCCAACACAGUUCAGUCUUCUACCACAUCACUAGCACUUUGAAGCCUCGGUCAUUUUACCAGACUCUUUACCUGUUUUAUUUUCACAAAAACUGGAAUUCCUGGAAAGAAGCAAAGCUCAUCACUACCCCCAGUAAAGGGCGUUAGAGAGACACUAAAUAUUCACAUGAAACAGCUUCAUUCAGUGCUUAUUAAUGUUGUACUAUGAAAGACAUCUUUGAUUCAUAUUGUCAAACACUGCUGUAUUAUAAUGUAUAAAGAAUUUCUAGAGUCUAUCUGCUGUAUGAGACAGUGAAGCCCUUUAUGUACUUUCAUUUGAACAGUGGUGAAAUACUCUGUGGAUACUUUCCACGGAUUGUUCUGUGUUUCUGGUUUUGACAGCAGCCGUCUCUUUCUGUUUGAUUUUGUCUCCUCCAGGUCUUCCCACCCCUUCCUAACGAGGCUGAGAUCGCACACACUAAAAAGCUCUUCCGACGCAGGAGGAAUGACCGACGGUAACCACACACACACACACACACACACACACACACACACAGACACACACACACACCUACCUCAGAGAGAGGGAAUGCUUUUUACUGUUGAUGUCAGAUGUCAGUGCGCAGCCAGUGCUAUAGCCUUAACAUCUCUCCUCAGCCAAAGCAAUGUCAAGACAGGAAUGCAGGCUCCACACUUCACUGCGGACGGGAAAAAUAGAGAAGAAAAAAAACUCCCGAGAGGACAUUCAAGGUUUUAUUCACUUUUAAUAGGUUACUUCACAAAAAAAGCAGUUAUGCAGUCAGUUAUGUUGGCCAUGAUUACCAGGCUUUUUCUGAUCAGAAUACACUCGUACUUAAUCAUUGAAUCUUUUGUCCAGUGCCAAAUGUCCUCGCUCUGACACUCUGACGUUUGAUUUCUGCACUGCCACAUAUGCUACACUCUCCGAAAUCGCAUUUUGCCCAACCCUAACUUCAUUAAAACCAGGUCCUUAAAAGAAAAAAAAAAACACACAUCUCUCCCUCGUUCUCUCGCGCCCUGCCCUGAUGUCACUGGAAACUGCUCUUCAGUUGCUAAGAGACAGGCAGAGAGAAAAUAUUUGGGUUGUAUCUGUAGUCAAAAAAGGAAAUUUUAGCUAUACCAAAUAGACAAAAGCACUUUCAUCCUUGUUUUAUAAGUGCAGAGAAUAAUUGGUUCUGUGCAGAGCUGUUGUUUUUCUCUGCAGGUCUGAUGAAAAAGGAAAGAAAAAUAUAAACUUAGACCAACAGCAGAUUGCAAAGAUUUUCAUACAUGUUCUUUUUGUUAACUGUAAGUUUUGAAAGGAAAACCUGCUUACCUCCUGGCACACUUGAUCACUACUUUUCUUUGACCUCGAUGGGAUGUUAAAAGAUGUUGUAUGCGUGUGCAAUAAGGAAAGUGUAUGCCAAAAAAGUUAAAAGGCUGCCACAAUGAUCAGCCUGUCUCGACUGGCAAAAGGUGUAAAAGGAAUAUUUAAGUUGAUUCUUCUAUGAUUCUGAAACAAGCGACACCCACUCAGUAGGUCACAUAGCAAAGAUUUCAACCACUGUUCUGCACAGGUGUGGCUUUUGACAUGGUGCAACAGGCUUUCUGAAGGCCAAAAACUUUGAAAGAAACACUGUUUUGCAUGGCUUACCCUUGACUUUCCUACAGAUGAACCAGUCAAAAGAAAAAUGUGAAGAAAAAUGCAAUCGGUGACACUGCCUGAGACGCUUCAGCUAUGAAAAUACAGACUCUUAAAUGCUGUCUAAGUGCUCUUGUCUUUUACAUGAUGUCAUUUGACUUUUAUAUGUAUUACGUAACAUAUUACUCCUCUCCUAAUGACUGUGAACAUCAAGUCUGAAGAUGACUCUAACUAUCUUUUUUUUUUUGGAAAAAUGUGAACUCACAUGCCAUAGAAGGUUCUAAAUGAACACAGAGCAGGCUUUAAUGUGACUCCAGCACAAGCAUUGUAAAACAUUAGCAGUCUGGUGCUGUUGUUUUCUGAGGUAACACAAAGCCAAGGAUAGCAAAGAGGUAGAGAGCGCAGGAUGAGGGUGGGGAUGAGACAAAUAAAAAAAAAAAAGAGAUGAUGUGGAGAAUUAAAAAAACUGAGUUGAGAAGUAUUAAUAGAAAGUACUGUGGCACUCAUGAUCAUUUCUAGUAAACUCCAGGCCAGCCCGACAUUGUUCAGAAUUUCCCUCACACAUGGGAAGUGAGGGGAUCAUCUCUAGAUACAGGAUAUGAUGUAAGAUAGAUGCUGCUUGAGAAAGGGUCUGCUGUGUACAAGGAUGCAGCAGAGUCACAUGAUGCCAAACUGACAGUUCCUCGUAAUUUGACACAGUCAGGGGUAGGGGUGGGAAUCACCAGUGGCCCCACGAUAAGAUAUUAUCACGAUACUUGGGCCACGAUACAAUAUUAUCACGAUAAUGGGCCACGAUACAAUAUUAUUGCGGUUUUCAACAUUUUACAAUACAGUGAGUUUGCGAUACAGUAUAUCACAGUUUAUACUAUUCUUUUCAACUGUUUAGCUCAUUUAGCAUUUGUCUUUCCUUUAUGUUUGUCUUAUUUACACAGUAUUUUAUUUUCAUGUAGCACAUCUUGCGAACCGUAUGUUCAGGUCCAUCUCAUUUGUGCCCUGCUUGCAUUCCUAAUGUCUUCCCCCAGGUGCUGCUAUAUUUGUUACACUAACUUUCUCCCGCUCUAUGAUGUUACUUCUGCCAACCUCACUGGACAAACAGUUGAUUUUAUUUUUCCAUUAUCAUAGAUUUGACUUCAUAUUAACAAUAAAUUAGAAAAAAACGAUUCUUGGCAAAUGAGACGAUACGAUAUAUCUUCAGACAAAAUAUCGCAAUACUAUACUAGAUUGAUUUUUUCUCCCACCCCUAGUCAGAGGUUAAGCUAGAUAAAUGAAGCAGCUUUAUUUCAUGCAGACAGUUUGCACUGGCAUCACAUAGUUCAUUCUAUAUUACCAUCAUCACUCCCAGUCACAUGCUUGAUGAAUUUGCUUGAGUUUUACCUUCUGAGGUCAAAAUCAACUCAUCCUGACUACUUGCAGGAAUUUUAUGUAGGUUGGGGGUGGUAGAAACAAGUACGGAUACAUGCAGCCCACCAAACAAAUUCUGGAAUUUGUCAGGAGUGCAGUGCAUGUGCGGAACUGAGCAUGUCCGUUUCCUGCACAAAUCCGGAGUUUAACCUUAGCAUACUGGAAGUCAAAUGCUUCAAAACGGAUGGCUAGGUGGGUUUUUAUGCACGUUUACAAAGACACUGGGAAUAUGUUAAUUGGCUAUAAAGGGGCGGCUAACCAGUGUUGCCAGUUGCCCCAGCAGCAGAGCAGAGUAUUACAGGCGCGGUAUGAAAGCGUGGCUUUUGUGUGUUAAUGUUGCCCAAUGAUAAAGAAAAUGACCACCACAUCUGUCUCUUACACAGCUUUGCAUGUUUGCUGAUCAAAUACAUUAACUGCAUGUGUUUGUCUACCCAACGUGCUAAUCCUCUUAUCUGCAUUAUCUACAGUCUCCUGACAGACAACACAACCAGCAGCAUGCAGCACUGAAUAUUCAUUUUGGUAAAAGCCACACGGAUUAUGUUUUAUUGUAUGAAGUCAAAUAUUGAUGGUUUAACUGUAUGUGCAAGCACGAGGAUUGUUGUGUUGAAUAAAGCCGAAGAAAGAUAAACAGAAAACAGUAGGCUGUGAGAUUGAGUAAAAGAAAAGUGUAGGCUGGCUGUGGCAGGAAGGAAAAGAAAGGGGAGGUAGUGCAUGUGUUUCUACUUUAGUAUGCACGUCAAGCAGGGCUGAAAUUAGUUGUGAUUUACUGGAAUGUGCUGCUUACUGCUCCCCGCUUCAAAACAGCACAGGAGCAAAGAGGACGUGAAUACGCUCCUUCUUCUCCUUCUUCUUCUUCCCCUUUUGCUGCGUAUAUGUGAAGAUCUGCUCAGUGUUAAUACACUUUUGUAUAUUUAGCCUUGGAGCUUUCUUGCUAUGUACAAUUUUGACUCACAUUUGAAGUAUGUGGUUUCCACAUGUUAUUGUUGGAAAGUAAUAGUUUAAAAGAAGCAUUGCAACAUGGAUUCUCAAACAUAUCUGAGCUGCUCAGUUGUGGGUAGCGAAACAACAAAAAUGAAUGUGAUUUUUUUGGAUAAUCUGCCGUUGUUUUAUGAUGUUUACUCAAUAACUGGUCUUAAAAAUUUGAGAAAAACAUUUUAAAAGAGCUUAGAACUAUUUACGACUCCAGUGAACAGUGUUAUAAAAGUUUAUUUUUUCUCAGUAUCGAUUCAAGAUGCAAAGAUUCAUCAUUUAAAGAUUUGAAUGUAAGAAAAAGGAAACAACUCUUGAAGAUGAACCCAACAAAUGUUUCAAAUUACUGCUUAAAAAUGAGUGAAAAUGAUACUUUAUGAAUUUAGUUUAGUAGAUACUUUGUUUUUGUGAAGUUUUGAGAAACUUUUCUUCAGUUUGCCUGACCCUCAUUAUCAUCCCAUGGUAAGAAUCCAAAAAUCUUUUCCUUUAGAUGUUUGAUGUUAUUGAAUUUACAUCAAGUUAAAAAAAAAGCGGCCUUUCUCAAAGUGCAUCCUAUAAACUGUCUGCUUUCUUCUCAUGUCCUCCAGCCAUUACUUGUAAUUAAGUAUUAUGCAUGCAUGUAUGCACACAUUUUCACUUGUUUCUGAGUCUUGAUUUUGAAUCUUUAAAACCCAUUAAAGGAAAAACAGUGAGUGUAAUGCAAAUGUGCAGUCAGGCAGCCAAAACCAGUCUUCCCACAGUCCAUUAAACCAGCGUACUGUGGUCCGUAUGAAGCUCUGGACGGGAUAUUGACCGUCUGGCCUGCAGGCUUCUCGUCCCCCGGGCUGAUUGAUUUACCAGUCUGGGUCAACCAAUGGUCCGAUGGGUCCACGAGGUUUCCAUCCACAUCCACAGAAACAGCCCUGAUCGAUAAUCAGCACCCUUCCUCCUCCCAUGAUCAUAUCUGCAAAUUCAUUUCAUCUUUUUUUUAGCUAUCACUUCCUGCAGUUCUAUGCAUGUUGUUUGAAUGACAUAGUUACCAACCUGUAGUUUGUUUGUUUUUUUAUUCCCCUUUUUGCUGUCUUGCUUUGUUCUUCCUUCUCAUCUCCUGUUAUGUCCCAUUCUUCCUGUACGCCUCCUAUAAAAAUGAAUCGCCAUUUUCUAUCAACUUGUUCUUCCCCUUAUUCCACUCUCCAUUUGUCCUCCGUCUUUUCAUCUCCUCAAUCACCUACACUGCGGCGCACCUUCCUCUCCUGCUUAUAGAGCGAUUGAUCAGUUCACCCGAGACCAGUUAACCGUACUUCUGCCCACUGGCCCCGGGGGAAAGCGACAAGUCUCAGCCAGGUCAGUGGAAACAAAGCCAGAUCUUAUCCAAAGAAUGGGAUUUAAUAUUUCAAGGAUCCAGGGCUUUCCUAUUUUUAACUUCUUUAAUACCAGACUGAGGCGAAAUGGAAAACUUUCCUGUGGUCGGAGACAAAAUUGGACUUUUCUUUGGAAAUCACUCGACCCACAUCCUCCACUCUGGAGAGGGGCUGGACCACCUGGCUUGUUAUUAGUGCACAGUUCAAAAACCAGCAUCCUUGAUUGCAUGGGGAUACAUAAACGCCAUGGCCGGACUUGUUUUCACAUCUAAGAAAAGACCAUUAAUGCUGAAUUAUAUAUAUAGGUUUUGGAAUAACAUAUGCUGCCAACCAGCCGAUGCCUUUUUCUAGGAAGACCUUGUGUGAUGCAUAGAUUCAGCAUGUAUUAAAUAAAACAAUAAGGCUCCACAGCAGAGGAGUCUGGGUGCUUAACUUGGCCGUCUACACUCUCAACUUGUCACCCACUGAAAACAUUUGGAGCAUCAUAACACAAAAAUAUGAAAAAGGUGACUCCCAGCUUGAAUCCUGUAUCAAAAAAAUGGAAGAUUAAACUUUCAAAACCCACAAACUGGUCUCCAGGGCUCCUGAAUGUCUACAGUGUUGAUAAAAGAGGAAGUGAUGCAUUAUGAUGCCAAACAAGCCCCUGCCAUCAAUGAUUCGCUGGUUCCUCAUUUAAAAUGAGUGUAUAUUUUUCUUGAAACACUCAAUUUCAUCAUUUGAUUUGUUGUCUUUGCACUAUUUUCAGUCAGUUUUAGGGUUUGAAUGAUUUGCACACCAUCAAAAUCUCAUUUUAUGACCAUUUUACACCGCGUCUCAACUCUUAUGGAUUACUCUCAGGGUUGUAUAUCUGAUUAAUUCAAUAAUGUUUCCAGAUUCAUCACCUUAACAACAAAAAUUACGGUUCCUCAUUUGAUAAGAUGAUUGAUUGCAGCAGAGCUAGCCUGUUUCUAAGUAACAAGACGUCAUGAGAUGGGAUUUCAUCAGCAGCCCCAUCAUUUAUCCUCACUGCAAACAUCUCCCAGGUGGAUCAAUCUGAGAAACACUAAAGCUGCUGCGGCUCUUUCAGUCAUUAAAUAUGAUUAACAUUUUAUUACUGUCUCACUUUCACCUCUACCCAUCCGCAGCGGAUCAGGAAAGGAGCUUAUCAGAGCUGAGCCUAGACUAACAGCAAGUGCAAAGAUCAAAUUAAUCAUCAGAUGAGUGACUGAGUCUGACGGAGAGAAAGACCCUGAGCAGUCUGAAGCUUUGCAGAAGAUUAUGAAAUCUCACUCUCUGAAGUCAUAUUUAAUGAGAUCUCAAAAAUUCUGACUCUCAACUGUAAGCUAUUAUACUUUGUGAUUAGGUAAAGAGUUAGUUCAAAGUUAAAACAUCUGGAAGCAGCGAGGCGGUUUUGAAAAGUUUACCGUAGAGAAGAUAAAGCGGACAUUCAAAGUUGAUGAUGGCAGCCGCUAUACAAUAGAGACUCCCUUAUCAUGUACAAAAGAAAAGCUUAGUUCAGCCAUGUGAUCAAAAACAUGCGUCAGGCUGAUGAAUUCAUGACAAAGAUAGAUGCUGAGAACAUCUGCGUAGGGAUGGAGACAAGCUGUUCGGCAGAGAAGAGAGAACUUUCUCCAAACCUCCCAGAGAGAGUGUUUCAGAGCGGCCAGGCGACAUCAUCUAAACCAACGCGCACACACACACACACACUCAAAACACUAUAAAUACAUUUAUACACAUUUGGUUUUCUGCCCUUCUUAGCACACAUACAUAAAGGUGGUAGUUUCAUGGAAAUGAACCAGGGUUUCAGUUCGUCAGUAAGUCUAUGAAGCAUUUUAAAAACAGGCAUUGGUGCCCAUCAUCAUGUUUCUUUUCCCAAUGAGACAUAAUGAAAAGUCUCUUUGUAUAACCCACAAUAAAAUGAACCAAAAAAGGAUAGUGCUAAAAGGAACUGUGGACCAGCUUUCCCGGUUGUUGUGGUCUCCAUUUUAAUGACUAAACAUUUUUUUUCAUACCGGUUGCUGAUGAGUUUUCUAACUUUUUUGUGGCAAUUUCAGCUCUGAAAAUGACGUUUCAUACUCCUGCCAUAGACAGUACAAAAACACAGAAGUAGUCUUUGUGACGGCACACAUUGGUUCUUGACAAGGUGUGAAGGGGCCAAAGGAUGGUGGUAGCCAAUGGAAAUGCUGACCUGCGCCAACUUUUGAUAGAGCCGGCAAAGAGGCAGAGUUGGGGCCAUCAUUUUGAUGUCUGGUAAACAGCGGCAAUAUGCACACCUGUCAAUCAAGCAAGACACGCCCCUUAUUGUGCUUAGCCUGGUUAUUAUUAAAAUUGUCAAAUUAUAAAGCCCCACCCCCGUCCUCACAGAUGGACGAGGUUAAGAAACCAAAACUGUUUUUUUUUUUUCUUUUUUUUUUUUUGUCAGUCUGCAAACAUUUAAUUAUCUUUAAAAAAAAUAGACACUCUACAAUGGGCACUUACGUUUAAAACCAGCCUCAAGUGGACACUCAAGGAACUGCAGUCCUUUUAAUACUCAAAAUUGUUAAUUGGUAAAUGGCUGUUUUGUCAUAAUUCAAAAUUGUUUUAGAUAACUACCUAGAUGUACUGCAUAUCAAUGUUUUUGUUGUUCUGUUCACUUUUUCUCUGGCCGGUGGAAACCUCUUCAACAUCGUUGGCAACGGCAACCAGAUCACCAUGUUAUGAAACACCUUAUAAAAGCGCAUUCUUGGGUUGAUGUCCUUUUCUUGGUGCAGAUUUUGAAAUUGAAAGAAAACACUACCAUCCUUUAUUACUGCUACAGACCGUUUUAAGAAAAUCCCCUCUACCUGAAAGGAAGAAUCUGUAUCUUUCAUACAUUUUUUCUGAUCUGUUUACAUUGUAACUUGCAGAACAUGUGUUAAAAAUGUGAUAUCAAGAACAGGCAAUACUUAACAAUACAGUAAAAUAUGUCUUCAGAACCACAGGCUUCAAAAUACUCUCAUCAGUUACCACAGAGUGAUUACAGUGAACAUUAUUGAACUCCCCCUGAAUACAUCCGAAAGCUAUUUGUGGACAUAACGAAUAGGACCUUUUUUUAAAGUCAGUUUUAACUGUAUGUUUUUAUCGGUCAGUACGUUGUUUUACAUGGCCAAAGUCAGAGUUUUUGAGUUCACUUUUCGCAUUCUCUGAGGAGGUCAAGCUUGAUUUCUUGCCUUUGAGUUUACAGAAAGGAUACAGCGUAUAGUGAACGAGCGGUUAUGUAAAUUAGAACUCUGACAAAGUGAGGAGGAGGACUUGAGGCAGCCCAGCAGCUCCUCGGCUGUUCACACAACCAAAUGUGUCUUUAUUUCCUGACUCUCCAGACCGUCCUGACCAACAGAAAUAAGAAAUGACUCCUUUCCUAAUAUGGACUUGAUAUGACCUGUGUGGCUCGGUUAACCCUGGUGUCAGUUUUGCUAUCAGAACCACAUAUUUAACACUGAUUGGUAGUGAAAAGUGUUAAUUUUCCAGAAAGAGUUCAGUGUUACAAAGAUUUAUACAUUUUCAACAUUCAUACAUCAUUUGAACCUCUCGUACUGUAAAAAUCCUUUUGGGCUCACAUUUAGAGUUUGCUAGCUGCUGUUGGUUGAGGAUUUGUCUUUUUUGCAAGUUCACCGGCUCAGGCAGAUAAUAGGCUGCCUCCGAGGUGCCAGGGUGACUAAUCCCCUGGACCAUAUGUCAGCGGCUUGUCAAGCCCAGAGCCAGAGCAGCAGCAGGACUGAGCUAUGCAGGACAGGAAAACACAGAAACACUGUGCAUCCACAUGUAAGCAGACAUUGAGUGUUAGCUCUUUUACAUUUUUAUCUGUAGAUAGUGUGUUAAUGUUUGUGCCUGGUUGUGAGUUUUCAUGGUGAUAUUGACAGGGGGAAAUUUGUGAAUAACUGUAACGCUUCAGACUUUGGAGAUAAGAUAAAUUGGAAGCUUUUGACCAAACUGAAAAUAAGUUUUAGUGAGUUAUGAGGCUGCAGAUCAUCAUGAUACAAGUGUGACGCAUCUGGGUGUUUGGAGCCAUUGCCAGGUACAAGCCAGCUGUUGUAGCAUCACUGUGUCGCUAAUUGUAACCUGUCGUCAUUCUAGGAGACAGCAGCGGCCUCAAGGAGGGGGAGGAGGAGGAGGUGGUGGUGGUGGAGGAGGAGGAGGGGGAGGAGGAGGAGGGAAGAACCAACCUCAGCUGAUACAACAACAGUCACCUCAGCACCAGAGGGACCAAACCCAACAACAGUCCCCAAACCAACAUCAGCAGAGCCUAUCAGAACAGGGAGAUAACAGAAACAACAGCGCUGGUCGACCACCUCGCCAGUAUCAAGGAGGACAUGGACAGCGCCAAGGUGGCGCCUCACACCAUGGAUAUAGCCAGAACCGGCGUUGGCACCACAAUCAGAAAGGCCAGGGGCAUGGACAGACAAACACUCCAGCUGACAGAGGAGUACCCCCAAGAACAACCAAAGAGACCGAGAAUGUAAAAACAGGUGACGAAAUCAGAUCACCUCAAGACUGCAAAAGCAAGAGUCCCAAUGAGUCACCCAAAUCCGAGUCAACGCCCAGUAAAAACAUUUUCCCAGAUCCGGUAGUUAGCAGAGAAUCACCAAAUCCACCAGGAGGUGGGAAGGCAGGCGAGGGCCAGUCGGAGCGGCCCAAAAUCAGCCUGCUGCAGUCUUCAAAGGAGAGGCUGAGGAGGAGACUAAAGGACAAGGUACCGAAAAGCUGCUUAGAGCCUGUCAGUCAGUAUUAAGGCAAUCAGGACUAAUGUGUAUGUGUACACACACGCUACCAUGUAGUCUUAUAAUUACUUUCAUUAUGUUCACACACCCAAACACACACACACACACACACACACACAUUGCCAUUAAUAUACACACACCUUUCCAUCACUGCUUUGCUUUAGUCAUUCAUCUACUUAGUUUCUUGGAAUUCACAUCAACACACCCUGAAUGGCAGGGAGGGGAGUACAUGUUCAUGCUGAUGAGGCGAAGAAACCAAAGAGGCAUUAGCUUAACAGUUCUGAUGUUUUCCACUAAACCGGCAAGUUAACCUGUAAUGCUACACUUACAGAUCACUCAUUACCACCAGGGUGGGUUUGAUUACAGGAAAUUUAUAAACACAACCGCACUGACACCAGUGAAUCCAGGCUGGGAGAUCUUUUUUAUUUUCCUUUCUUUCUUUGUAUUUUCUGUCAGCCAUAAUAUGCCGGAUGUUUUCAGUAGAUGACAAGUUAGGACUGCAGCCAGCCCACUUUUGCACAUGGACUCUUCUGCUGUUUUGUCACGUGCAGAAUGUAGUUUGGCAUUGCCGAGUGACUUUGCAUGGUCUGCCCUGAAACAGAGCAGGAAACCAGGAUAUCAAACAAUCUUUCAUCAACUUUUUAUCGAUCAAAAGUCCUAAAAACUAGUUAAAUUACUGACAUGAAGCUUUGCAAUCUUUUACCAAGGAAAAUUUUUUUCGACACAUUUCAACUGUUUGCUCAAAGUCUUUUGCAGAGCGGUAAAUCUCCUCCCACCUUUCCUUCUGAGAGACUCAGCCUCUCCUUUUUACUCCGAAUCAUGGAACUAAUCUGCUGCAAAUUAACAUAAUAGGUUGUUCCCCCCGGAUGUUUUUCAGCAUUACACAACUUUUUCAGUUCUCCCCAUUAAUACAUUUUGGAAACGUUGCAAGCAUCAAAAAUGAGCAUUUAUUUUUCAUGUAACAGUAAAAUAAGAUUAGAUGAGAUAUUCCUUCAUUUGUCCCACAAGGACUGCUGUAAAUUCAAAAUUUACAGCAGUGAUAUAUACAAAAGAGACAUUAAAGAAUGAAGAAACUUAGGAGGUAAAAGAUUAAAACUUAAUCAGUUCCAACAUUUAGUACUCACCAGUUUUUCUUGACAUAGCAUCAUACCUUUUUAUGAAAACAGGCUUGUACUUUUUAUAGCAAUUUAUUUACACAGAAACUCUCAAGGCUUCCUCUACAACUAUUCUGAUUUAUGUCGUUUACAAUUUUGUUUUCCUUUGCUUAUAGUUUGUAUAUUUUGCUUUCUCUGUCCCAUUUCUGUUAACAAAAAUAGGACCUGAAACAACUGUAAAAUCUCAGAGUAAACAAACCUCGAUUAAUACACUCAUAACUUUAUUUAUUCAUGACUAUUCUGAAACGAUUGACAAAUUCACAUUUGUCAAAUCUGAACUCUUUUUACCACCCUCCAUCAUCAACUCAUUUUCUGUCCCAUCUCCCGCCACAGGAGGACUCACGCGUGGAAGCAUCAGGCUCCGGAUCACAGAACAUGGACCGGCUGGUGGAGCUCCUCAACAGCAUGAGGAGCAACAGCAGCGGGGUGGAGCAGCAGCUGGCUUCCUUCAUGGAGGAGGCGCAGAGCUCAGCGCGAUCAGAGGAGACCCUCGCUCAGGUGGUCAGUGCCAUCUACUCCAAAGCUGUGUCAGAUCGCAGCUUUGCCGCCACGGCUGCCAAACUCUGUGACAAGAUGGCGCUGUUCAUGGUCGAGGGGACCAAGUUCAGGUCGCUGCUCCUUAACAUGCUGCAGGUGAGAGAAACGGGAGGAUGUCGGUGCUGGUUAUCUAACUCAGUCUUAAAACUCGUCAAUAUACUGAUCCCUCAUUUAUCCACUGUGCAGUUUUAAUCAACACUUUUUCUUGACUAAAUGGAUUCACCGAUUGGAUGUUGUGUCCUUACUACUGUGGCAAGGCUAUGCCACGGAUGUCACAAUAUGCUGUAUACUAAUACCGUGCUAACAAUAAGCAAAGGAUGACACCAUGACUUAGUAGUAGUGGUUCUUCGACACGAGUUGCCACACAUCACACAAAAAAGCAGAGACAAGAUGCAGCAGCUACUCGCAAGUCAGCUUUAGCAGCCCAUGAGAGAUGAUUAGACUCUUUAAAAACUGACAGUCCAAGAUUGUGAAUCAACUUUAGAGCCUGUGCCUCUCCGGGUAACUACUAUCAAUAUAAUUAUAUAACUAAUACUAAUCAAAUAAUACUAAUUUGAUAUUUGUACUUUCAGGCUGUUCUUUGUCGUGUCAUAUGCUUCAAAAUUACAACACAGGAAAUAAAUCAACCUGAACACAACAGGAAAAAAAUAUCAAAAUAACAGCAUGACAGUCAUUAAUGAGGCAGAAUCUUCACUGGGGAAUUUUCCGUUACAGGAUUAAUGAUGUGGAAUAUCAUGAAUUUAAACAUGAUCAGAUAAGUUUUUGCAUUUACUACUUGAGUUUAUGUCUUGCCUUUCCAAAAUUUAACUUUAACUGUGAAUUGAAAUCUGAUAUUGCGAAAGCUCGAGCAGAAAUAUUUUUUUAUGGCACUUGUUACCGUUGUCCUGUUGUCACAUAGCAACAAGUGUCAGUGUUAGACGCCAUAUCUGAGCACUCAUCUGCUAAUGACAGCAGUGAGCAGCUUUCGGACAUUGUUCACUGCAGUUUACAAAACAAUACAAAUACAAAAGGAGGUCAACUUAUUCUUAAUGUCUGUUGCCACUCCUUUGCUGCUCAACAACAGUGUCAGCUUGAUUUCCACUCACUGGUUUCUUUACAGCUACUCUGUCUCUUUGUACUAAGACACAAGGAAAGGUGGAGGACGCCCUCAAGUUUGCUGAGAGAGUUUCGAGCCCGUUUUAUUUGUACAGCACAUCUCAUACAAAUGAACACCCAAUGUGUUUUCCCUCACUUGAGAUGGUUUGACCUACUAUGGGAGUCCCACCUGAUGCGUUUCCGUGACACUAAUAUAAAGAGCGGCGUAUCACGUAUCGUAGUCCCCUGCUGAUCCCACCCCUUUUGAUAUUCAGUCAUGAGACAAAAGACCAGCAACUCAUUUUCUUAAAGAAGUACCUGCAACCUGGAGCUAAGCUGCACAAUUCAUCCUUGAUCAUAAAAAGCCUGCAAAUCCAGAACCAGAAUCUGCUUUAUUAACCAAAUAUGUGCACAUAUACAAGGAAACUUACUCCAGUAGACAUUGCACUCUAUGUACAGACAUUAAACAUAAAAUAUAACACAAAUGUGUACAAGAUUACUGCAGACAUUUAAGUCAUGUACACCAGAUCAUUCACACAGGGGAGAUCUGUAGAGCUGAUUAUGCGCUCAAGUAAACUGCUAAAUUAUCUCAUGAAGUUAAAAGGUGAGACUUGCGAUUGUUCAGACUUUUAAAUGUUGCACAUUAUGAACUUUGUGAAGUUGAGAAUUAAUUAUCUUUGUUUUGAGACUAACAAAAACUAUUUGAAGAGACCAACCUUGUGCUCUGUGAGCCUGUUACCAGCUUUUCAUGACAUCCUCUAAACUUGAUUUACAAAUUUAAAAAAAAAGAAAGACAGAAAAGGGUUGUUUAGAUAUUUUGGAUGGAGCUAUGAUAACCCUGAAUUCUUUUUGUAUCUUUUGAACGAAACCACCUUUUAUUCUUUUGAAUAAGCCAAUUGAAUCACUUUUUUUCUAUCCCUCAUCAGUCCACUUUUGAGGCACAUCAGGUUUUUUGACUGCAUGUUUGUCCUCUCUGCAGUUUAAUGCAUUCAACCUUAGACUGAAGAGAAAGCUCUCUCAGGUGGGAGCAGACUGUGUGUGUGAUGCUGUAAAUGUCACUGGGCAAAGUAGCUAAUCCAAACACCCAUGGGAGAAAGAGACCUGCCCCUCCAUUCACCCUCCAUCCCUCCACUUUACAGCACAGUUCCAGUCUUGCACCCUCAAUAAAAAUAUCCUCAUAGCUGUUGUGUACUUCUCUCUUUCCUCCCUCCCUCCCUUCCUUUUCCAGUUCCUCAUGAGCUCUCUAUUACCCCACCACCACCUUAUCGCCUCCUCUCACCCAGAACAGCACGGGCCACUGCCUCGCUACCUCUCCUUGCACACUUCCCCUUUCACUCUACUCUAACCACGCUCCAUCAUGAGAGGCAGACAUCCUCGCUAGAGCUGCAGCGGGCGAGUGAGACAUCGGUGGCGUCUUCAGUUUAAAUGUUUACCCAGCCUUUUACUAGAGAUGCUCUUUUUUUUACACUCCCACACUUUUCACUCGCAGCCUCUCAGUUUUUCCUCAUCCCUCGCCUUUCUUACAUCUGCAUGAUCCCUCCUCUUCUUCUUACCCCUUAUUUUUUCUCCUACUUUCCCAGCUAUUAAGGACCCCCUCCUCGUCUUUGACAUUUUGACUUUUUUUUUUUUCGCUGUAAAACAUUUUAAAUGUCACAACUCGGCUCAUAAAGGCUGUCAUUAAUGAUAUUGCUCCCAGACCCCAAUGUGGGGACAAUUAGUCUGUAACUGUUUGGCUUAUUAAGAAGGAAGGGAGAGGAGUGUUUCUUUUCCUUGCUUUCAUUAAGCACAAAGACUGUGAAAGACUCUGUUUAUUUAUGACAGCAGAGAAAUGUUGUUUAUAUGCCUUCUCAUUAUCUUCUUCACCUCUUUUGUUAUAGUUCAGUCACUGUUCUUGUCUGUUUCCCUUUACCUUGCCAUUUUGUAGGCACUGCGCCAGUAACCUUGAUGGUGUAAGAAAAGAGCGUGUUUGCUUUUUAGUGUUUCUUUUUCUUAAUGCUGGAUCCAUUCAGAGCUACAGAUUCUGUGCAUGUCUGUGCACAAACAGGCCUUCUGUGCAGUUGUACUAGUCUGUGAGAAAAAAGAAAAAAAAAGCUGCUUGUUUUUUUUCUAGUGCUCUUCACUCCUUGGUAACAGGCAGGAAAAAUGAGAAGCAGAGCGUGAUGCUGUGCCUGUUAAUAAAGUUUCAGUUUAACCUGCCGUAUAACAACUUUACAAGUGCGCAUUAAGCAUUAACCCAUAUUAACCCCCACUCUUUCACAGCACUGACACAGUUCACUCCCCUUCACUUUCAAACCACAUUAACAUAUUCUCAUCUACUUCAGGCAGAUAAAAGAAACUCAUGAAUUUGUUAAAUGCAUUUUUCAACUGCUUUUUAGUUUUAAGUACUUAAAGCCAGGAGGUUAAUACAUGUACCACCUACAAAAACUCCCAUCAGAGAGAUCGCUGAGAUGUUGAUGGUGAUUACCGGCACUGCUGACGAAUUUUUGAAACACUAAUAUUCUCUUACCAACCGCCUACCUACCUGGAACAUGUAUCAAAAUCUGAAUGGGGUUGUGUUUUGGUGUUUUUUUUAAUUAUAUUUCUUUUUUUCCGUCUCCCCACAGAAAGACUUCUCUAAUCGAGAGGAGCUCCAGCAGUCGGACGUGGAAAGGUGGUUGGGUUUCAUCACCUUCUUGUGUGAGGUGUUUGGGACCAUGAGGAGCAGCUCCGGGGAGCCGUUCAGAGUGCUGGUGUGUCCCAUCUACACCUGCCUUCGAGAGGUCUGUAACCAGAUCAGCACCUUUUUUUUCUAUUUUUAUCAAUAACUGUGUCAAUGAUGAAUCGACUGACCCCAUGAGACAAAAAAACCUCCAGCUGUGUUUGCACAUUUUUCUCAGCCUAGAUAGAUUCAUGCUCUGAGCUGGUGUUUCCUGUUUUCGGUCAGACCUCGUCUAGACUCUAGACACCACAGCCGGGUUUGGUUAGUGGUGCAACCUGUCGGGACGCCAGUUCCAGGAAAACACGGCGUGACUGCGGGUUCACUUCUCAUUAGCUGGUCAAGCUUAUCUUGCAUGCUCUCCUACUGUCGCCAUGGAAACCAUACAGGGUAGCCAAAGCAGAUGCACGGCCAAACAGAAAUGGUUAAGGACAGCUGGGAUAUCGAAAGGAGAAGUGAGAAGGGGAGGUUAGAGAAGACUGCGGUAAGGUCGACAGUAACUGCGCAGGAAGUUCAGUCAUCAUAUGACAGGUGGAAGAGAAGGAGACAACAUAAUCUCGGAUCAAAAUAGCUUUCUCAUGUUUUGAUUGAGCAUGAGGGUAGAAAUAAUAGCAGCGCUGAUGCACGUGCAAGGUAGAUUUACAGCCUGAUCCACACCUCUGCCGGUCUGGCACUCAACACACACCCUGUGUCUCGCUAACAAGUACAGCAAUCAACACACAACUAAUGCCACCCACACCCUGUCUGAGUGUAUGCCCUGGGCAUUAUCUCAGCUUGUUAGACAGCUCGGCAACAUGGCAGAGGGUGUGGAUAUACGGCAUCAUGAAACAUAGAAGCACACCACCAUAUUCCGGCACCAGCAGGGUCAAACGGUGUGUGUUUGUAUUUGUGGAUGUGAUUUAAAGCCCCCUUUUCCUCGAGCCAUGUUCUUCAUUUCUGUCCAUCUGUUGUUUGGUCUAUCUUGUUGUAACAUGUAGCCGUUGGAUCUCAGCUUCAAGCUACAUGCGCUAACGUGCACUCGCCACCGUGUUUGCAUACGGAAGCAUAUGCGCCUGCAGAGUGUGCGUACGCGCGUGUCUGUGAGCGCGUGUGCGGUGGCGAGUUUCACAGCAGCCUUCCUCUGUAGUCGCAGCCAACAGAACAGGAUUAGGUAACCCAGAGGUGUGUUACAACGUGUGCACAGUACAGCUGUAUAUAGACGGGGUUAGCUAAGAAGCAGUGAUGUCAUCCAUUCAUAAGUCAUUUAGCCUCAAACAAUAGUGUUCUUAGAUUGACACAUAAAUGACAGUAGAUGUCCUCAACUAUGUACACACUGAAGCACACCUUUAAAUAAAUCAUACCGCUCUUUAAACGCGGUAACUUUCCAGGCACAUUCGUCACGCCUUGUUUUUUUCUUGUUUUGUUUAUCUGACACAGCAGAAAUUUGACUUCUGAAGAUGGCCAAGUCAUCAGAGUAACCAUCAUCUUUUACUCAUUAAAGGAGCAAUGUGUAGUUAAAAACACACUGGCUUUUUAAAUUACUUCUACAGUCCACAUUUAAAACAUUAGAGAGCCCUGUCUCUGAUGGGUUGCCAUUUCACAGACAUGAAAUUUCAGGCGUAAAAUGAGGCUGAAACUGUACUUAAAAUCCUUUGACAAAUGUUGAUAAGCUAUAACACGUUUGCAUAAACUGUCAAUGUAAGUUUUAUGCUAAGCUGGACUCAUAUCCAUUCAUUUGUUAACCUUGAAUAACUGAUGAUACUUUUUAUUAACUUUUAAUGUGGAGGUUUAUUGAGAAAAUGAAUUAUAAGAUUCCCCUGACUUUACUGCAGGGACACAGCGCUGUGAGAGCAGAUAUACGUGGAGUUGGGGAGCAGAUCGCCAGCUGUUGUACAUGAAUGAUAAUAUUAAAAGCGAGUUUUUGCUGAGCCAAAAGAUCUAUAUCACUAAAAAGAGCCUGAAUUCCCAUCACAAGGAGCAUCUGCACUGAGGUUGUUAAUCUGAAAGAAGAAAGAUUCCAACUGGACUCCGACAUGAAUCACAGUCAACUCGAUCAAGAGCACAUGGCCCUUGUAGAUUUGGGGUAAUCCGUGGAUCUUUAUGGAUAUGACAUGUCUGGAAUGUAUCUUACACCAGACUUGGAUCUUGGGGACACUGUUGCAGAAGGAAGGCAAACCGUCAGACUUGAAACACAUUAACUUUAGUAUAAGUGUGAACAACAGAAUAAGAGGAUUUAUGGUUAUCAAAGUCGAAAGCUUUUCUAACAGAUUAAAGAUUAACUUGAGUUUAAGUUUUAAUUAACCAGCUGGUCUGGCUCAUGAUUAGCAGUUAGCUCGUGUUAAAAGUAAGAGCCAGCUGAUGCUUUAACAACUGCGAUCAUGUAGCCAUGUAAAAUUAGAAGUAAGAUUUUUGCUAACCUGUCAGCUGUUUGAUUAUCUAAAUCAUCUGUGCACUAAUCUCUUGUAUUUUUCAAAAACAUCUUUCAUAUGUAUCCAUGUUGUGUCACAUUUCUAAGAAAGUAGGGCAGAAUCAGUUCGUGGUGUCUUGGACCAAUUUUUUUUUUCCCCAAACUGGUCUCAUAUCUGGCGACCCAAGGGGCGUCCAAAUUGGUUGUGCGGGGUGACUCAAAACUGUCGACCGAAACAUAAAACAGACCAUUCAGUUUUAGAAUCAGAACUUUUAAUGGAAGAAAUGCAGGCUGCCAUAAAACAGCUGAACACUGAGCUGAGAUUAAUUCUACAAUAAGCAGGACAGACUGUUACACCGCAGAAACACUUGACAUCCACGUACAGUAAGUAUAAACAGAUAUCUCUCAACCAGCACACUUUGUAUGACGAAUGACACUUACUGGGCUUCCUUCUGUUUCGUCGUGUUACCAUGGUUACAUGCUGUAGAGACAUUGCAGAGGGGAUGUAAUUGGACAAAAAAAAAAAAAAAACGUGCUUUUAAACAUAAAUUUUUACUCAGGAUGCAACAAAAAAGUAUGAAAAGUGAUAAUAAAAGAAGCAGAAAACUUAAGUUCCUCUGGCGGCAAGGAAACCCUGUUAGAGCCUGUACCAAAAUACCCAUUUUUAUAUAGCGGAAUUAAUAAGAACUUUCAGUCUCUGUUUGCUCCAAAGCUAAAGGGUUACUUCACCACCUCUUUGUCAAACCAGUUCCUUCAACUGAUGUUUGUGGGCUUCAUAACUCCUCUUCUAAGGGUUGAAGUGACUGAGACUACAUCCAUAUUUUAUACAGUCUGUGUAAAGCACAGUGAAUACUGAGCUCCACAGGAAAGAUUCAGACACUGACUUUGUAUCAACGCACUUUUCCCAUUACCCACACACAUUACAACAAUAGAAACCAACAACAACGUCUUUCCAUGGACGCAGAACAGUGUCGCUCGGUCUGAAAGUCAUUCUGUUUCAAAAGAGUGAGCAGGGUCUUGAUUUAUCAGGUAAAACCGCCUUUUAUUGAAGAAAACAAGCAGCAUGUGGCCAAAAGUGGCCUUCAUCAGGGUAUUAGUUUGCAGACAGUGUGCACGUCUACUGUGUCUGGCAGUGACCUCAGGAGCUAUUUCUGGGAUCCUAUCUUGGUAUCCCUCUGUAAAAGUCGAUCAUAGUCAGACUCAAACUGUCAGACUAUCCAGACAAAAUUUAUAGACGUUUUACCUGAAAUAUUUGCAGGAUAAAUCCAGCGUUUAUUUUGGAAAGUUUACAGGCCUCUUUGUAUGAAAGUAUUUGAAGUCCAGUCCUGAUUCAACAGAAGAAGGGAAGUAUUAUGUAAUGUCACUAAGAGAAGUGUUGGUCCUGACGCUAGCCCUGCUGUUGCUAUGCAACAAUUGGAAACCAAAUUUAAGUUAAAGCAGACAUAAAUUUAACCUCUGUGCGUCAUUAGUAUACUGAUGAGACAUUUUCCCUCUCUCUGUAUUCAUAACUGUCUCUUCUUGUAGCCAGCACUAUGAUUUCAAGAUGAGAAAUACACAAGUAUGCAUACGUUUGAGUAAUGAAGUCAAACUGAAAGAGUGAUGAAGCCUCAGCAGGACAUUUAAAUGAAUAAUAAUGUUUUUCCAGCUGCCUUCAUUGAGUCACUCAAGGUGUUGCUGUCAUUGGGUGUAUUUUUUCCAUUUAGUGCUGUGAGAUCACAGCCGUCCUAGUUUCUGUGGCUUUUUUUUUGUUCCUGAUCAAAUGCCUUAUGAGUAAAAAUACAAUAAAUGGAAAUCACUCAGAAUCCCAAGGUUUCCCUGCACAGCGCUCUUUGUUUCUAUAUGAUGUAACCAGAGAUCUGGCAGCUCAGAGCUGUGACAGAAACAGUUUCUUUCUGCGUGUUAUGUUGUGACAGCGACAGAGCUGAUGGGACACUUGAUUAUAUAUGAGUAUACAUUAGACCGUUUUGAGCGUAUUGAGUAAUAAAAGUGCACCCUGGACUCCCCAGAGAACUCAUUAUGAGGAAGUCCCGCUUGUCACAGCUCUUCUGCUCUGGGAACGUCAAGACUCGAGUUCCCACAUCAAACAGCCCCACUGUCACCACACCCGUCUGAGCUUAGUGAGGAGCUGACGUCUGCAUGAUAGGAGGAAUACCAUUAAGCUUACAGCGUGGAAAUAACAGACCAACUGGCGCUCAAUGUAAAUAGUAGCAUCGGACAGUAGUAAUGUUUAUUAUAUCACAUAAAUGAAGUUUUAAAAGGCGCUAUAAGGAGUUUUGAACUAGUUGAGAAAGUGACAAACUGUUACUGAUGAUGGUUAAUGACCUUCAGGAGCAAAAGAGAUGGUACGCAACAAGGCUAUCGGAUGAUUGACAGCAAGCUGAUAAAAACAGCUUUUUAAUGUUUUUCAUGACAGUUGCUCACAGUGAAAUGAAUGUUGCCGACCUUUUGCUUCUCUAUUUAUUCCCACUUUAGUAACGACCACACGAUAGCAAUACACAGCGGUCUCAGGAGCCACACACAAACCUCAACCAAAACGCCACUCUAUAGCCACAACUAAUGCUCAGAACAGCACCAAACUUCAUCAACAGUACAUAUAGGGUCCCAGCCACAGUUCUAGCCACCAAACAUCUUUUUAACUUUGCCUCAUUUCUUUAGCAAAGAGACUAAACACAACUCACCCACUCUCUUCCAGCAGCCGCUUGUUUGUAGCGAGACCUCAGGCCAGUCCAUUAAGGACUACAGCGGGGUGACACAGCUCAAGGAAGAACAUUUAUGAUCAUUUCUUUAUCAUUUUCUUGAAGUAAUAAUCACCAUAUCAAUAAUUUUUCACUGCAGACGCGGUAGUUCUUCUGCCUUAGCGUCUCGGUCUGAUUGCAUUUCCAUGAAGAAAUUAUCAUAAAUGUUCUUUCUGAUACAGUAGAAUUAAACUUUGGUGGCAUUGUUUGGUUUGAAUUUAUGCAGUAGAAUGGCAUCUUGAACAAAAUGAAAUAUAAGAAUAUUUACCAGUUUUUUUCCACUGAUUCUGUGGAUUUAAACCCAAAAAAAGUCUUUAUUUUUCAGAUUGCCUCUCUCAAAACAAAACAAACAAAAAACACCAAAGAGUCGGUGUGGCAUGAGUGCCUCUUGAAAGUUGAUUGCAGAUGAUUAGUAACAAAAUCCCUCCAUUCAGCUCUGCAUGUUUACUCAUAAAUAAGUUAUAAAGCAAAAUAAUCUUACUUUGAAUUCAUGUUUCUGUUCUUCUGGACCAUUAAGUCCAAUACUCUCUCUCUUCUUGCUCAGCUCGAAGUAUAAUCAUGAUUAACAUACUAACUUGUCAUUAAUCAUUUCAAAGUGAGAUGAGUCAGCGUCACUGCUCACCACCCCUGUAAUCAUGUUUGACGUUGCAUCAUCACUUAUAAUUAAACGGAAACUUGCCGUCUUUUCUUGCAUGUGUUUGUCUUAACGUUACGCUGUAUGUACACUACCCAUAAUGAUACUAAAAGUAAACACUUUGUCGUCCAUUAGCAGUCUGACCUUACCGUGUUAAUGAGCACCGGGGCAAGAGGGAACACGCUUGUUUGAAAGCCUCUCCUGCUUAGCCAGUGUAGCAGCUGCAGCAGCGACGCAUGCAUGUGCAACGUUGCACAUCCUGAGAUGUGACUAUCGUGCAUAUAAGUUACAGCUGCAAUACUCCAACAAUAUACUGUUAAUCCUUGCACAGCACAUGACUAUAUGUUGCUGGUUUGGUUUCAUUUAGUGAGAUAAUGACACAAAACAUUUGAGGAAGUUCAGUAAAGGAGGGGGCCAUUUAUGUUUUUCUAUGAUCUCACCUAUUUGUGAGCAUUUGUACAGAUUUUACUCAUCCUGUUGCAGGUUUAACGGGAAAUCUGACUUUAUCCAUAUUUGUGCUUCUUCCUCUUUCAGUCUAGUGAAAGGCAUGGUUGACAAUAUGAGAAGCAGUUGAAAAAAAACUGAGCCGUUGAGGCAGAUUUUAAAAAAAGCGUCCCAGCCCACACAAAAACCUCUCCCCUCUGUGCGGCACGAUAACUCUCCCCAAAACCUGUAUCGCCUCCCCACGACAAACCCCCUCUGGCAGAGCAAGAAGCCGGCCGGCGGAAGAUCCUACGCUAGCUUUAAACAGCGACUAGCGGCAGUAAACGUGAGCAUCGUCUGCAGCUGCGUGGACAGCUACCAUGUUGACAUAACGAGAGACUAAUAAGAGUUAUUUUUGUUACACGUACCUGUUCAACAAAAACUCUUUGUGUCCUGUUUUUGCAUCCUUCUCCAUCACAGCUCCCGUAGCUAAGCUGCUGCGCUACUUUUAGCCACUCAGAGUUCCGAUAAGAGCUGGGAGAGUGGAAGGUAGUCAGAAUUACGGGAGAGGGGUGUGUCAAAUACAGCGAGGUGAUUGGAUGGAGAGGUGGAGCAGAAGAUUUACCAAUAGGAGCUGUCCGGGAUGGUAGGGGAAAGUCCCGCCUCCUUUGUCUCUGAUUGGCUAGAAAAGCUGAAAACGCCAUCACACACUCAAGCCAAACGCAGGCUGUCAGCGAUGAUCAUCCAACAGAACAUUAUAGCACUUCUGAAUCUCCUAACCCUAACUCUUAUCCUAACCCUAACCUGACAGACGAUGACGUUUCACCGCCAUAAGGAAUAAUCAAUUGGAGCCCAGCACUUCUAGCCAAUCAGAGGCGAAGGAGGGCGGGACCUUCCCCUACCAUCCUCAAAAAAAAAAAUUCACGUCUGGGACAGAUGGCUCCUAUUGGUCAAUGUUUUUGUAGCCCUGCACCUGCUAGGGUGAACAUUUAUUUUUCCGUUCUUUUUUCUCUUCACUUUGUGGAGAUCGCACUAUAGGACCAUGAUCGCCAUAUAAACGAGGUUCAUAAUAAUUACCAAUCUCUCCCAUCGUCAACCAUGUCUUUAAAGCUGAUCUUCAGUCACGAGGACUAAUACAGCCUCAGAGCUGGUAUAAAGAGUAUUUAACAAACCUCCUCUCUGCUGUGAUCUAACACUGGAUAUUUACAGUCGGUACAGUCGGGAGCCUGUGUAUCCCUCUGCCUCCCCUGACGCUGCCCUUCCUGCAUUGUUUAAUAGUACCAGUUGUAUGCCCAUCUGUGCACGGGGGCCCACUGUCAGGGGGAAGAGCCAGCUAGCAUGUUUACCAGCCCCACGGUUUGUUUUUGGCCUUCACCAUGUGUGUACAGUAUUUGUGUGUGUGUAUACAGGGAUAUACAGUGUGCAUAAAGAGAGCCUUGAUGUGUGAUGGUGAGCUCGCUCGCCAGGAUGAAAGCCCGCCGUGUUGACUUCCAAGAUUUCAGAUGUUUACGUAGAAAAUAUUUACUAUCGGGAUUAGCUCUUUUCCUUUCUCUUUCUCUUGUGAACUGAUUAACACGCACAAACACAAGCAUUUGCUUAAUCCCCCCCUACGCAUGUGGCCUCCAUCCAAAUGAACAUACAUUAAUAUAUCUGCUAGACUUGUCAGGUUUGCCCACUCACUGUGCUUCCUUUAGGAUUCUACAUUUGGAUUUGUCUUCUCUCUCUCUCUCUCUUUUUUUAUUCGUGCAGCCUUUGAAAGUCCUGGUAUGUAAUGAGAGUGUCUGUUAUUGUUUUUCUUUCAGCUGUUGGAGUCUUCAGAUGUUAAAGAAGAUGCAGUCCUCUGCUGUUCCAUGGAGGUAUGGACCACGCAACACACAAGCGGUUCUCUCCUGUGUGUCUGUGAAUGAAAGGAUGAGGCUGAUUUUAACAACAAACUUACAGCAAACGGCAGAACAGCUGAUGCUAGUUAACUCAUUUUAACACAGAGCCGUCAUUAAAGCUGUGCUUUUUAUUAAUGCAGCAGUUUCGAGCUUUCUUUUUCAAAGUAAUGCGAAAGUAGAAUUAUGGAUUAUGAAAAGGCCUGAACUUGUUUUUUACCCAGUUGCAGGAUACGUGUAAAAUUUUAAAUAGAUGUCGACAAAACUUGAAAUAAAACAAUGAAAACUGGCUGAAAAAAAGAGAGGAGAAAGGACGAAGAGUUAAGAUGAAGUAAGAAGAAGCAUAGCACAACCAGAAGACUCACACUCACAGACACACACACACACGCAGCUCUAUGGCCAGAGGGUGUGCAAACCUCUGCUGUUUGACAGUAUCCACAGUAACAAGGUGCCAGACGUUGUGUUUUACUCUUACUGAGGGACACACACACACACUUUAUCUCUGACCUGCUGCCUCCUCACAUCACACCCUCCCUCUCUUUCUUUCUUUCUUCCUCCCUCCUUCCUCUCUCCUCUGUCCUCUUUUCCAGCUGCAGAGCAUGGGGCGCCUCCUGGAGGAGCAGCUCCCGGAGAUGAUGAUCGAGCUCCUGGCCGCCGUCAGGGACAAGAUGCUCUGUCCGGCCGAGUCCCAGCUGACCCGCUCGCUGCUCAUGGAGGUCAUCGAGCUGCACGCACAUCACUGGAGCCCGCUGGAGGCUCUCACCACCCAGUACUACAACCGAACCAUCCAAAAGCUCACCACCACCACCUCGACCACUGCCUAGGUGCAAGCUGCCUGGGAGGAGAAGAGACCAGACCCCCCCACCCCCAGGGAUGAGCUUCAAAUAGAUUUACCAAAACACAGAAAUAUAAGAAGCAGCAUUUCUCUUUAAUCUUAAUAAUUUCAAGCUUUACAUGAGGGUUGAUUUUCGAAUUCGAUCAUUUCCCUACAACCACUGCCUAAAACUCACCACACAUCCCUUUAAACUGGGAGUCCUGGGCUCUUAAAGCGACACUACAUGUGGUGCUCAAACCCUGAAAAAAAGGGUCUUUGACACAUAUUCAAGGAAACAGUACAGGGUGACUGGCCAGUAGGGGCGUUCUUGGCCACACAGAGUCCUAAUGCUUGUCUGGCAGAGGGAUAAAAGAUCGGAGAGGGGUCACCCAGGGGGGAGAAGGAUAGGGGGAGAGGGCAGCAGCAGCCCGCCCGUAGGGAAUACAGAGAUCUCUACCCAAAGAUGAAUGGAGGAUGGAGAGAGGGGUAGGGAGGAGGGUCGGGGUAGUCCGUGUCAGUCUGUUCAUUGUGCUCAUUUACCCCACCACCCUCCCCCCUUCGCUCUGUCUUUCUCUCCUCCCCCUCCUCUGUCUCUCCGUCAGCCCCUGGGGUCUGUGUGGCUGAUAAAAAAAGGAGCAGGAGGAGGAGGAGGAGGAGGAGGCAGGGGGCAGACACGGUGCUGUCUGUCUGGGCCGUCUGCCCCACCGCCAGGCCAGGGGGGGACCAGGUCAAAGGGCCUCGCCGUGGAGCUCCCUACCCCCCCAACUCCCUAAGCGCCCCCCCUCCUUGCCUUUGUCUCCCCUAAACUCCCCCUCCGACACUGCCUCACCCCCCCAGCAGGAAGCCUUUUUAUGGGGAUGAGACAGCGAGCCUGCUGGGCCGGGCUGGGCCGGGGAUAAGGAUCAGGCCGGCUGGAGCAGGGCGGCAGAUGGCUGCUUGAGCCCAUGUGAGACGACACACCCCCUCUGGCACCCCGACUCCCUGAGCUUCGGGGUGGUGUCACCCACUGAGAGCAGGAUGGGGGUGCAGCAUUAGAAAAGCAUUAAAUCAGACAGUGCUGAUAAUUCUUUUGUUUUCGUCCUAAAGGGGAACGUCUCUUCUCCUCCGUUAAGCCGUGCAUGUCCACGCUUUGUUAACCGCGUCAUCGAUAUUAUUAUAUUGUUAUUUUUUUAAUCAUUUAGUGUUUUUACCGUCAUUUCAUGAUGAAGUCUUGUUUUUACUCUGAGGUGUAUGGAUGAGGUGUUAGCGGUAGGUAGGCCUUAUUGCACAGGUGUGAUUUCUUUUGCACUGUUUGGAGGAAAUUUGCUUUAAAAAUUCACGAAAAGAGCGAAAGUUUGAGUUUGAAUCAGUGCUCGUGGAUGAAUCUAGGAUACUUCUGUAGUGGGAGAUGAUGUGCUGAAGGAUUUUAGGAAGUUUUAACAGACUGUGGCCUUGUUGAUCCUACGUUUUUAUAGGCUCUCUCUCGUUUCAGUGGAGGGCAUGCUGAGAACUAAACAGCUGGACUUAUUUACAUCUUUCUGUUGCUGAAGACAAAAAAAAAACACACACAUCUGAAGAGGAAAAAAAACAUUGAUGUGAUGACAAAAAGAAGAGCAUGGCACACGGAGAACCCGGCGACGUUCUCCUCCUCAAGCCAUUCUUUGCAGUGGACAUUUUGCAAGUGUUUCAUAAGGACUGUACUUGAUCUUGCUUUUGUUUUUUUUGUUUUUGUUUUUUUGAGGAAAACUACUAUUAACCUGUGUAUUUGAAGAAGACCGUGAUGAAAAGAAGAAAUCUAAUUGUACAACCUCAUUAGCUAGUCAUACGUGGGACCUUCGUCCAGCUAACUAUGAUAUUGACGUACCAAGCCAAUCAUGUACCAUUUGUAAAUGGGCUCUAUAUAUUAAUCUGCAUUCAGUAUAUUUACAAGUAUUUAAAAACACUGAGGAAGAGGAGGAGGUCAGCGCAACAGUGAUGUCACACACAGGAGGAGUUAGAGGUCAGCCUUCUCAUGCAUUCGUAUCAGGAACUAGCUUAUUGUUUUCGGGGAUAGUCGUCCAUGCACAUGUACGCACAUGCAUACACAUACACAUACACAUGCCUAGUUUCCCAUUGAAUCUCUGUGGGCAGUUUUAAGUGUUUUUGUAUUAUUUCUUUGUCUUGCAUCAAGAAUUAUGAUCCUGUGUGCUAGAAACACACUCAGAAGAUCAGUUAGGAAAGAAGGGUGAUUUAAAGCUCCGAAUAAUUUUUUUGGGAGGUAGAGCAUUAUCGUCUUUUACGCGCGUGUCUGCUUACCAAGUGAUUUGUUUUAAUGUUUGUCGUCUCUAUUUUAUUUCUAGGAUUCUAUUUAAAUUAUAUUUAGCUCAUUUAUAUGAAUAUAUAUGAUUUUGAGUCUGGUGGGUUUCUAGGACUUUGGAGACAUUUGUGAUACCUAGCUUGCUGGCAAGUGUGUGAGUGCGGUAUUACUGUGUUUUUAGUUUUUUGAAGAGGAAAAAAACGAAAGACCCACCGAUGUGUUUCCAUUAUGCAAAGAGCCACUCGCUCUCACAGCAGAUGGGGGCAGGUGGGGAUCCCCUUUCUCUCCCCCCCCCCUCCUCACCACUCCUCGUCUGUGCCCCGCGUGCCCUUAGACCCCUCUGCUCGGGUCACAUGACUCACUCUCGACGAUUGAAUGAGACGCACCUUCAUUUGCAUAUUCUCAUAAAUAUUGGAGGAAAAAAAAAAACAAGGCUCCGGUGAGCGCACAGACGAGAUGUAGGUUGGUUGUAGUGGGUCAUCAGUGAGCGCUUGUUUGUUUUGUUUUUCUAAGCAACUGAAAAAUAAACUAACAGAAAAAAAUAGAAGUGACCAGAAGGAGCGUGUGUGUUUUUAAUUCUCUGUGUGUGUGUGUGUGGCAUCAUAAAGAAAUCCACCCGUCACAAAAGACAGUUUCCUCUGCCGUCAACGUAAAGACUGCGUAACUAAUCCCAGCACCGCAGUAGGUCAUUAUGCGAACAAUUCAUACACAAGCACACUGGAAGUCCUCAUCUACAUGUCUUCGCCUUUACACCGUCACACAUUAUACACACCACGCUUCAGAAUUGUAACCACUGUGUGUGUGUGUUGUAGGUCGCCCUUGGCCUGUGGUUAGCCCUGACACACGCCUGGGGCUCCCCCGAUUGUGGGCGUCCCGACGGGGACUCUCAGUGCCGGGGUUGCCUCCCCGCUGAGGACCCUGUUACUACAACCUAUAGAACGUCCUUCAGCGCCCACUCAUAUCAGUCCACGUUACCCCCCUGAGUCUGAGUAUCUGAAUGAAUGUAUGAAACACUUUAAAUGGAGCUUUGUGCUUCCUUGGCAGAGAUGGCUGUAUGGAUGGUUCCUUCUGAUCCCAAACAACAAACAUCAACUAUAAGCCACUCUUUUUUUAUAUAAUCCCAGGGACAAUAGAUGAUAUUAUACAGGAAUAAGCCAACUCUAGCAGCAUAAGCAAUGUAAAGAGGAAGAUUAAUUCAGCUGGAAGAUGAGGGGGUAAACCGAGUAUGAGGGAAGACAUGGCGAUAGACAAAGCAGAAAAAAAAGCUGGAGGAGGAGACCUAUGGAUAUUUAUAGAAAUGGCUGGAUCUCAGGACAGUAUGGGGGAGCCUAUGGAAAGAGAAAAUGCAAAUGUUGGAGGAAAGACAGAGCCAGCCCUGGCUGACAAUUAGCAUCACGGUUAAUUUGGCCCUGUGCAGUGAAAACAGACAGCUGAACAGGAAUGUUCGCCCUCGGGGAGGAUGUCGCACUGGCUAGCUUGGCUGCUGGAGCAUAAACUGUGA